GUGUACUGCAACUGGUGUGUGUGCGCGCAGUUUCGGAACGCGCGUGUUCGUGUGCGCAGUGUUGUGGUCGACGGCCGCGUCAAAUAAUAAUUUAACGUAGAUUUCGUUUUUUUUUUCCACCAGUUUUCCGGUUGAAAAUUCGCGACCAUUACCGAUAUCGUAAUUAUUGUACGACCGUAAUAUUAUAAUACACGGGCGUUCGCCGUCCGCUCCCGUGCCCUUUAGAUUUCUGUCAGGGGGCGCCCCGAGGUGCCAUGCGAACCGGCGGACUCCUGUAUUAUUGUAACAUAUUAUAGGUAUACGUAUAUUGGACGAAACGUGCGGUUUUCUUAUAAAUGUUUCUCAGAGAACAUGGUGAGUUUUUCUGCUUCGCAUUUUACACUUAUUGAUUAUAGUUUAUACGAUAUAAUAUUUCAAAUCCCGUAUAUAUUUUAUGUGUACGUACGGCCGGCGCGCGCGACGACGAACCCCCUCCCCCCCGCGAGGGAAGAACGCUUGGAACUUUGCCAUUGCACAGCGGUUGAAUUACUACUGGAUAUCCGAGCGGAACAGAAAAACUAAAUAGAAAAUUGUCGCGGAGAAAAUAUGAUUCGAUUAUUGCGCGUACUAAGACAAAACUAUCGUAAAACGGAGUAGUGAUGUAAUAUUAUAGUUUUCGGUUGGUGAACACUCGGACACGUUGAAAUUAAAAAUAAACGGUAUAAUGGUGGGGGAGGGCAUUUAAAGACUUCCGACGGUGGAAUUAUAGUCUACGUUUUGCUCCGUUCGGUUCAGAGCGUAGGGAGAAUAAUAUAUUUGUUUUUUGUUAGUCUUGUCAUAUAUAUAAAAGUGUUUAUCUCGCCUAAUCCGAAAGCUUCACGUGGUCCCUACACCGAACGUGUUUAUUGAAAUUCAAUCACGGGUGUUUGUAGUCGAAACGUGCAGUUGUUAUAGAUAAUGCGAGUGAAUAGUGCACGAAGCUUUCCGACGGCAAUGGCGAAAGAAUUAGAUAAAUAUUGAUUUUUUUACUACAUCCCCCUCCCCUUUGCCGAGAAAACAUUAGAUUGCGAAUAGAAUUUAGAAAACUUUAAAGAACCCGAGACAAACUUUCUACUAUCCAUCCAAACUAUUACUAAAGUUUGGAUGGAUUUACAACUUUGGUAAUAGUUGUAAAUAUUGUACACCAGCCGUCGGUAUAGGAUUGUAGACUAACAUGCGUAUUAUACCUACCGCGGUUAAGUAUUAAAAUAGGCACAAGACAAGGCCAUACCUGAGAGGGAGUUUUGGAAGUUAACUCCCCACCCCGGAAAUGUUUGGUGUCGUAGUAUAUUUUAGGGAAAUAAUUUUUUCAUUCAAUAAAAUUAGAACAAUUUAAACGAAUUUUAAGCUUAUAAUCCCCCUUCCCCCCACUAUCGUCAAAAUUAUUAAACAGUUGUGGCCUUGGUGUUAGAAGCGCUAUUUCAAUAUAUCUCGAGUUUUUCAAUCGGAGUAAACUUUUUCGUACGUUUUACGGACAUUUUACAGUUCUGGAGGUUUAAAAAAUAUAACCAAUUUAUUUUGAUUACAAAUUUUGAAAAGGUAUAUUCGAGUUUGCAUUAGUUAAGCUAUAGGGAGGUACUGUUAUUUAUUAGCCAUAUACUAAAGUCUCAUUUUUUAGCGAUAUACUUAUACUCAGAAACGUGCACUAAAAAGUACACUUUUAAUACAUGAUAUUUAAUUUAUUACGAAAACGGACAUUUUAUUGUAAUUUUCGUCGUGCGGUUUAAAUAAUAUAUAUUAAAAAAUGUACCAAAGUAAGGAAAAAAAAUUAUUUUGAUUUAACGAUUUUAUUGCAUGUAAAUCCAGAACGUAUAAUUGGGUAUGCUAUAUUAUUACUAUCGAUAAUUUCAAUCACGACAAACAAGUUUUUUUUUUACUUGGAAAUUGUUUCAAUUUAAAUAUAUAAUUACUGAAUUUAUUUGAGAAUUGCUUUACUAUAUAUAUUAUAUAUAUUAUAAAUAUACAUUAUACUAUUAUAAAUAUAUAAUGGAUAUGAAAAACUAAAAAACGAUUUCAUUCACAUAAAAAAAAGACGAAAAUCCUGAACGGAGCGUGAGGAAGCAGCACAGUAGGUACUUUAUAGAAUAAAACAAAACGUUUAAAUGGUUUUAUUCGAUAAUAUUAUUUCGAUUAUCUCGAUAAGACCAAAAAAAACAGCAAAAGUCAAAAAACUAAUGUAACCUAUAAUAACGAAAUACUAGUAUUUAUUCCAAACUAAAAAUAAAGAAAAUAUUCUAAAUUACGCGCGAUUUUGAAUAUCGAUUGAUGAUUAAAAUUGAUCGUCUAACUACAUGAAAUGUAUCAAAAUAAUGACUUUGUUAUUAUUUAACGCAAAAUCGUACCGCGUUUAAUUUAUUUACUAUAAUAAUAUCAUUAAUUUUCAAUGUUAAAAUAUUUAUGACGACGCGACCUUCAAUUAUGUAUAAAAAAAUUACGCCUAUUUCGUAUUUUAAAUGAUUAUUGGCCUAUUAAGACAAAGUAUACGAUUUAUUUAUUUUAAAAAAAGGACAAAUUUUCAUAAAGGAAUUUUUUUUUUAAUUUAAACAAUUUUAAGAUAUAUACGUUUUUUUCAUCAGUGGUCGUUGUAUAACAAUAUGGAAAAUACUGUAUUACCGGGAAAACUCUUUUCAUAUUAUAUAAUAUUUCAUUUAUUAUUACGACAAUAUAAAGUCGUUGGAAAUGCAUUUUUUUUUUUUUCGUAACUAAACAGUUAAGCUGUAGAAUUAUAAAGUAUUGAAAUUCGAAAAAAAAAACCAUGGAUUUAUAAAGAGAGCUUAUAAUGUAUACAAUACUUUUAUUACACAAUUCAUAUAACGGGUAAAUAUAAUAUUAAAUUUGUUUUGUUUGUUUGUUUUUUUUUUUUUUUUUUUUUUUUUUUGGAAAAGAUGAACCCAAUUAAACCACGUCCGUUGUAUUUUGUUAUUAUUUUAUUAUUCCAACAUUUGUCACCUGCAGCUCUAACUUAAGUACAACUUUUACUAUCCAAACGACAGUGACGUAGCUACACAUUCAAGCACCCUGAGGCUAAACAUUUUGUUUGCCCCCUAUAUAAUAGAACAUAUAUAUUAUACUCUUUAUCACUGAAACAAUGCUGUGAUUAUAUUUUUGACUGAGCAAUCAUGUUUUUUCUUUUUUUUUUUGGAAAAGAUGAACCCAAUUAAACCUUAUCACAUUAACAAUUUCAUUUUAAUUUUAAAUUGAGUAAAAUCGGUUUAUCACUACAGGUGAUACAUGAAUCGCAGUCAGUUAAAUUGACACGAACUAUAAAAGUUAUACUAGGCCUGUUUCACGUACACGUUUAUAUAUUGAUUCAAUUUUAACCAUAAUUUGUCUAUACCUACUACUUGAUAAUCACUAGCGCCCCUAUCACGCAUAUAAGUGCCCCAAAAAAACUGUAAGUCCGUACACUGUAACUCUUUUAAAUAUUUAUCGAAUUAAAAUUGGGCCUUCAAAUUAUCGUUCCAAUAACAGGUUAUUUGUCGAAUCGAUAAAAGCAGUUUCAGCAAUAGUCAAUCACUGUAUCGAAUCGAUUUCGAUGCUAUCUGUUCAAUAACUAGUAAUUGAUCGUUUAUGUGACCCGGCAUAAGUAUAUUUUACAGCUACGCUUCAGUAUUAAUAAUAAUAAUUAGGGUAAAAAUUAUAAUACAAAUCGCAUUUUUUUUCUGUAUCACCUAAAGCAAUGUUUUCCAAGCACAAAAUUCAUUUCAUAUAUUAAAGAAUUAAAAUAUGAAAUUUUUAUUUAACAUUUUUAGGUUUUUAAGGAAUUUUUUCAAAUAUUUUGAUUUCCUUCUAAAAUAAAAAAAAAACAUAUUUUUAUUUUUAAAAUGUAUUAUGGAUUUACCGGCCGUACCGGAUAAAUAUGAUGCGUGCUAAUAAAGGCUGCAAUAAAGAAAACGAUAAGCUAUUACGAAAAAAGUUUUUUUUUUCAAAGUUUAAAAUAAUUUUUAGAGCAUUUAAAUUCACACCCUAAUAAUAAUAAAAUUAAUUUGAACAAUUUAAAAAUAUACAGAAUGUAUGUCAUUGCAUAGGAAAUUGUUUAAUCCUACAUUCUGCAGAUACCCUACAUGUAUAUAAUAUAAUCAAAAACCUUGUAUACAACGUAGGCUACUAUCGCGAUCGUAAGUGAUGGGAAUUUCAGAAUAUGUAUAGGUUUUAUAAGGGGAUAAUUUAUUCUAUAUAUUAAAAGCAACAAUAAAGCAUCGCAAUCAAAAAAUUAUUCCGAGUGGAAUUCGGUAAACUGGAAUGGUUAUACGUCAUCAGGUUUUCUUCACUUGCAAAAAUAUAACCGAUGUAUCGUCAUCAAUGAUUGUCAGGUAUUCUCUUAGGAUUUUUUAAUGAAACUGCACUUAGGGAUCUAGAAAAAUUAUUUAAAUUAAGUACCGCAAGAAACUCCGUAUCUUUUAAGGUGUGGACGUGUAAAAAUCGGAGCAUUUUUACUAAUCGAAAAAUUGUUUUUUUUUUCCGAGCAUCUAUAUAAAACUUUAAUAACUUCUUCGUCAAUACACUCAAAAGUCGAAUAAUUCAAGGAGAAUAUAUUUUAACGGCAGCCGCUAUCGCGAUAUAUUUUAAACAAUUUAAUUAAUUUUCGAAAUGUAUUUUUAACAAUGCAAGCGAACGCAACGUAUAUUAUAUUUUAAAAGACCGCCGCGGCACUUUGAUAAGCAUCAUAUAGUAGUCUAGACACGCUAAAUCCCUACAAAAGUCGUCCGUUUCUCUCUCCGUGUAGUCCAUAUUAUAUAGCUGAUACGCCAAAUGCGUUAUUGUCCCUGUUUUAACGAAAACAAUAUAAUUAUACAUACAUCUCCGAAACGUUAUUAUAUACGAGUUCCAUCUGGCCAAACGGUUCGUAUACAUAUAGACUUGUUAUAAAGAUACAAUGGAUGCGGUAUGUAGCUUAUACACUAUUUAUAUAUAUAUAUAUAAUAUUAUUAUACCCACGUUCAAAUUUUCAGGUAAUGCGUACAUAAUAUAGUCGAUGAAUGACAAGUUGAAUGACCUAUUCGCGAGUAUAAUAUUGUAGUGUGUAUACCCACAUCGAGAUUAUCAAUAAAAGUUUGCCAGCGGGCUUUCAUUGGUCCGAAAUUCGUUUACACAAACACUGAAGUGUUCGUAAUGCGGCUAAAAAGGACACCGGCCAAGUGUCUUAUUAUUUCGCGAUAUACAUAAAACUCAUCUCGUCUAUUAUUUAUCGCGAUAUAUUACAGAAUAGAAUAUCCCGCGAAAACGAUUGCCUUAGUGUUUCAUAUACAGUCGUAUUUCGAAUGUCAAACGAUUGUUUAAACCCCGCACGAAAAGCGCAUUGUGCGGCUGCCGAUUCGGCCAUAUUUCAUUACCUACCGAAAAUAAACGUAACACUCAUUGUGUCAAUUAUUAUUAAUUGAAUUUGAUGGACAAAUAUGUUCUAGAACUUUUACCAAUGGUUAAUAAAAAUAAAAUGUAUACUUUGUUGAUGAACAACCGAAAUCAAACGAGCGAGAUUUAUUAACAGUAAUGUGUAAACGUUUCCGGAAUUUAUUUGUCUUUAAAAACUUUUUAGAAAACCAUGGCGUGUACCCGAUUGCCUAAUGUGGGGUUCGUUUACGAGAGUUUCCCAUUGAUACCGCGCGGUGACUACGUGACGAUACGUAAUGGGAAACAAAACGCCAAAAGGAAACGUUAAUAUUUUUAAGCCCAUCAAAUUUAAUUUAGUGUCAGGGCCCAUCGACAUUUUUUUAGUUUCGUCAUGCCCACUGCUUUUAAAACCAAUUGACAGAAAGUUAACAAUGAUGCAAAUACAAAUACCUAACUGUUGGAUACAAUGACAAUUUAUUAUGAUGAUUUAUUUUUAUUAAUAUAAUAACUAUUAUUACUCCGAAAACCAUCAUGAUAUUUAUGUAUGUAUAUAUAUAUAUAUUAUAUAUUAUUAUAAUAUAAUUAUAUUAAUGGAACUCCAAAUUAACCAAUCAUAUCGAUGCGACCAAAAUUGUUGGUAAAGAAGAAUGUUGAAAUAACACAACGUCGUUGUCAAAACUAUACAUUGUCCCGUAUCUCGAAAAAAUUGUUUUCUCUAGAAGACGCAAAAAACUAAAUAAAAAAAAGUUUAAUACAGUUAGACAAUAAUUACUCAAAGAAUUAUGUAUUUUAUAAUUUUUGAUUACACAAAAUGAUAACCUGGAGGUACGAGGUAUUUUGACAAUAAUAUCGAUAUUAUAGACAUACCGUAAUGUUAAAAUGUUUAUAUUCUGCUUGGAUUUUGUGAAUUUUACGUGAUAUUUACACUAAAAUUUAAUUUUUUUAAUUCGGUGUAUACCUACAACUAAUUUUUAAUAUUCAUAGUGAUACGAUUUACUAUUUAACAACGAUGAUAAUAAUUGUAUACGAUUUAUAUUUCAUUAAGUGUUUCUUACCGAUAUUUUGACGUAUGGAAAAUUCAAAAUAAGACAUUUCGAUCAAAUAUUCGACAAGUUUAUGUUAAAGUAAAUAUUAUAGAGUAUAGGUAAACAAAAUACUCGGAAACCACUCGAUAAUAUUAUAUAUAUAUAUUUAAAGGGAAGAAUAAAUAUUUGAAUAAAGUGCCUAUGUAUCGAUGUUCAAAUAGUUUUACUUAAUAAAUCAAAUACUUUGCAACGCCGUGUUACCAUUCGCGUAUACGUGUAUAAUAUAGAGUUUACCUACACUUAAAGUUUAAACCGAAUAAAGUAAUAUGCAGUUUAUGCAUACUUAGGUACAGUGUAUAAAUAUAGUAGUAUUGCGGAAAAUGCAGAAAACGCCCAGCUAAAAAAUAAUAAUAAUAAAACGCUAUAAUGACGAUCGCGCCUUAAUCAUAAGUUGCGUGAGUAUAAAAGAGUAUGCACUUUUUUUAUUUUUGUAACAGAUUCCUAUCUCAAAUAUAAUAUAAUAAUAUAGUACACCGACUGCGCCCGACUCGUUAUGAAUAUUUACCGCGUCUUAUUACACUGUACGUAGGUUCGCAGUUAAAUUUCAUCAGUGCGCCUAAACAUUAUUGUUGUGUUUAAUAUAAUAAUUAUUGACGCAUUAACGGCUUUUAAUUUAGUUUUCCGGGUGUACCGAUUACAUUGUCAUUGAUAAUUUAGCCGAAAACCGUAUAUAAUAGUACAUUAUAGAUAUACGGGUUAGGUUAGGUUAGUCAUCUUUAUUGACGAAAACGAGCUCGUUUUUGUCGGACCACGACGUGACAGUUGGGCCAGAUUAUGUACAUUUUCGAGGCACUGAAACCGUCAUCGAAAUCUUUUUUCAGCUGUUAAUCACAUCAUGUAGGUUAUCAAGUCGACCGACGAUACCUAUGAUACAUAUAUUUUAUAUAUUUUACUACGCCAAUAAAAAGCAAACACAUCGUCAACAGACAGGCAGCAUAAUAAUGAAUACAAACUGUGUAUUGAAAAAAUAUAAUAUCAUCAGCCAAAUUUUUAACUAUCUGAACUCCAAAAUGGCAAUUUUACGGGAGAAACAAACAAAAAAAGUUUUCGUCGUAAAAGUCUCAACUACAAAAUGACAAUAUUUUAUACGCGUAGAUAAGAUUUUUCUUCAACUUAUUUCGUUGUAUUUGUAUCGGCACUUUCACGGAAUAAUAAAUUAUUUUAUUUUAUGAGUCAGCGUGUUUUUAAACGAUCAGGAAUCAGACCGACAGUAUAAUGUAGGCUCAAUAUUUUUUUUUUUUUUUUUAAUUAUAAAAUCAGAUUAAACGGUAAAUCUUUUUCGAAAUAUGCGCAUUGAUUCAAACGUAGUUACUAUAGUUUUCAAAACACAUAUAAGCUUCAGUUGAAGAGGACGAAAUUCGUACUACAUUUCUUGUAAGUCUAUUGUAUAUAGGACAUAGGUACUUAUCGCAUGUGCAGUAUUUAAAACUGCAUGCGGAGCGUAGGAGCUCUCCGUGAAUCCGUUUCUCGUUCGGUUUUUUUGUUAUUCGACGCCUCUGCGCCACUCUCUAUACAAAUUUACACCGAACACACACGCACACACACAAACACUGACGUACACGCGCGCCCAUGUCGUACCCAAUAAUGGCAAAUCAAUUUCGUCAAAACGUAAAAAUCGAUCUAGUCCGGACAUUGCGAAAGGUCACCGUGUCUUUAUUACCACUUUGUCUUACGCUAAAAUUAGAUUGUGAGCAAAUAUCACAUCUCCACGAAUGAUAAGAAACGUAACCUCAAGAGAAAAAAAGUCAUACUAUUAAAAUUUGACACUUAGUUCAUUAACUCAAAGACAUAUUAAUAAAUAGACUGUGUUUCCUACCUCCAGACUAUGGUUUCCACUGAAAAUGUUGUGUGAGAGAGAACAAUAUAUCGUAGGGAAAUAUUGGAAGAAGGAAUGCUUAAACAUUUUUUUGACCAUGUAUAUAAAUUAUAUAAAUAUGAUAAAUAUUUAAAUAUGCAAGUUUAAAUAACGGAAGAAAUGAGUUGUAAUCUUCUUCUUCGUAACUACCCCUCUGAUAUUACUAUCUUUUUCAUUAAAUGUCGGCUUUGGUUUACUAUCUUUAAGUGUAGUUCAUUUAUUAAACUGUCUAUGUAUUAACGAUAUUAUUGGAGUAAUAUUAAGUUUGGAGUUAGAUUGAGAUUUGUAUGUUUGGAAGUCGGUAUAUUUGAUUUUUCGGCUGUUCGUAUUUUUUUCCUAUAACCCGAGUGAGUUUGUCCCUCAGACUACCUAACGUUGUCUGUAAUUCCGGUAUAUAGCUCAAGGAGUAAAUACUUGUACGCAUCUCGGCCCGUUGAAAAUCUCGCAGUAAUAUUCGAAUGCAAAACCAACGUGCGACGAUAAUUAGAAUUUGUUUCCAAAUCACCUCUCAGGGAUUCGAAGUGGUUUUCGCCUUCUAGAUAUUAUAAAAACAAUAUUGUUCGAUAGUUUGUAGUUUUUUACAGUACUCUCUAGCUGCAAUUUUUAAUUAUCGUGAGUCGACUGUAUAAAAGCGUCGAAAAGCGUCAGCGCCGGAAAAGCUUUUUCUAAAAAUACGAUUUUCACAUUAUCACUAAAGACGCCACAAACUUUAUGCAGAGAACAAAGACUGUGAAAAAAAUGUGAAACCGAUGAAAAGUUUCAUACCGAUACUUAUAAAAAAUAUAAAACUAUUGAUACUACUUUUUUCAAUAAAAUGUAAUAAUAAUAAAGUUAAUAUUAUAAUAUGCUUUUUCGAAUUACUCAGUUCGACGUGAAACCGAAAAAAUUAUUUUCAAAAUAUACCCACAACCGACGGAAUAUGCAGAAGGAAGUAGAUUAGGAAUUAUAUGCCCCUCUAUCGGGCUUAAAAAUAUAAAGAAAAAUAUGAGUAUUUAUUUAAUAAUUUUUUUUCGAAUGCAUAUAUAUUUCUGCCAAAUUGUGAGGAAAAUCUUGAUGUAUUUUAAAAAUUGCCUUUUUUGAAUGGCUUUUAAAUUACCAAUUAUCAUAAUCGUGUCGGGUGCAGAAAAUGACCUUUACAUAUACGAUUAUGCAAUUUAUUUACGAUUCUAAUUAUUUGCUACACAUCUCCUCCCAUUGAAAAUUCCUGGAUGCGACAGUGACAUCAUUGUCUACAACGCGUUAUUAUUGCAUUCGAUUUUCUAAAACAAAAUAAAUAAAUAAAUCGUAUACCUACUAAUGAAAUACUGACCUACCCAAGAAGCCAAGUAGGUAUUACUUUUAUAUUACACUCCUUAUAAUAAUAUAUAUAUUUGUAGUCCUUGAAAAUAAAAAUCGUCAACGACACCGCGUUAUAAUGGUUGAUAUUGUAUACCUACACAUUUAUCACUACAAAUAAUUUGAACAAAAAGUUUUUCCGGUUUCACAAGAAUCCGGGUUCGCGUAACGACGUGCAUAUAAUGUCAUGUUGUAUUUUAAUCAAAAUUAACGACACGGCCGUUUCGUUAAGUCUAAUAAUAUGAUAAAUUGCAUUUGUCGAGGUUUUAUUUUUUAACAUCGUAAUAUUACGGCGUACAGGUGUCACGUAAAAUUUCGACUUCUUUAAAAGUGCGUUUAUUUGACAAUUUACUAUUGAUGCAAAAUAAUUUUUUACCUUUGUGCAAUACGAAAUAAACCAAUAAAAGGGCUAAACACCUUUUCUAAACUUUUUAAAAUUUUUUUUUUUUGAUAAAUUGAAAUUAGUUGCGUUCGCUCUUAAGUAUAAACCUAUCGGUUAGGUCAUCAUGAAUAUAUUGUUGUAAAAUAUACGAUGUAAAUAUUUUAUUCUAUAAUAGCACGAAUCGAUCGACUGUUUUUCUAGUUAGGAAAAACAAAAAAAAAACAAAAUGAAUACAUAUUUUUCGCAACUUUUUGUCAUGAAUGAUUAAAAAUUGAAAAAUACACUAUAGGCACAGCUGCAGAUUACAUUAUCUGCACUAUUUCAGUUGUCAUUUUACGAUAUUUAUAGAUUUUAGUAGAUAAAUCGAGAUAACGAAAUUAAUUAUGAUUUUCUUUUAAGGAACAUACUUUUUGUCAAUAUUUCUGAUCCGUAAUUUAUUUAAAAUAUAUCGCGUAAUGAUUUUAUAUCAAAAUUUUUUUAAUACACUUAAUAAUAAACUCAUUAUUCAAUACAAAUUUAUAGACAUAAAUUGACCGUUUGAAUGAUAAAAUAUAAGUUAAAAAUAUUUGGACAGAAUAAAUUCAACAAAUUAAAUUCCUUUUUAAAAGAAUGCAUUCAUAGAUGUCACUACUUUUAUUUUUAAGGAAUUUUAAAUUCGAAUUCAUCAUUUUAUGUUAGAAUGUGAAUGCAAACGAUGGAAUGUUUGUAUUCAUUAUAAAAAUAAUAAGAAAUGAUAAAUAGGAAUGCAUUACUUUUUUCAGCUCAGGAUUGUGAAUGGGGGUGAACUUUAGAGUAUUUUAAUCGAACAUUUCAAUAUUACAAACAGAAUUUCGAUACUUCAAUUAAUCUGUAUAUACCUGUAUUAAUUUAAUAUACCUAUUAUAACAUUUAAAAUAAAAUAAUAUUUUACCUAACAUCAUUUCGAAAUAUAAUUUUUAACUUAUAUACGGAUAUAACAAAGAAUAAGAAUAUAAUAUUCUACAGUUAAAAUUGUGUAAAAUAAUAAUUUGAAGUGUUAAUUUAUACCUGCUCACUGCAGUAUACUUGUAUUAUGUUUUGUUGUACAUUACAAUUAUAUUAUGUGAAACUUACAUUUGUGUCACAAACAUGUUUACUUAAAUCUUAUGACGCUAUGAUUAUUUCAUAACGACAGUUUCGGUUUAGUUUGAAGUAGAUACCCUAUGGCUUAUAUAGUUAUAAAUAAUGCAAAUAAAACUAAAUUCUUGAGAAAGGCAUUUAACAUGGUUCUACUACAAAUAUUCAAUUAAAAUGACUUUUUAUACUAUAAUAUACUCGAGCGACGUAUUACGUAUAAAGGCAACCAUUCAAUUCACGAUACCUGUUCUAUUUUAUUUUUUUUUUUACACUUACAUUAAUAUCAGUAAGUUUAAUUCAAAUUCCGAAAUCUUUUUUUAAAUUCUACAAACUAUAUAAGUGAUAUUAACCGUUAACUUAUUAUUUAUUUUGUAAAAAUUAAUUUAAUCGAAUAUAAAGUUUAAGACGUGAGAUUAUAGUAUUCAUAAAUUAAUUAUAUUAUUACACAAUUAGUACACUUCUUAAUAUUAUAAAAUAAAAUUUUGGUUUUUUUUUAAGUGAUAUCAAUACCAUAAGAAAAAAGCUAUAUCAGAGCUAGUAGAUCAACUUUUGGCUGAUCUACUGAUGGGUAUGCCACUGUUUUAGAAGCGAGGAUACGUACAGUAAUUUAAUUUAUAUCUGUACGGAGGUAAUAAAUAAUUAGUAAUGGAAAAAUAUUCCAAGUAGAGCAUUAUUAGUCUUAUAUUUCCAUUAUUGCUGAGGUGAAACCAGAAACAAACAAAAAUUAAAUCAAAUACUGCAGGUUUUUCCAAUUUAUUACGAAAACUACGUGGCAAAUCAAAAUGAACCUUUGCAAUGCUCUAACUAGAUCUAACUAAAUUCCCUACGAGAAAGUUGUUAUAAAAUGUUUGAUUGGUGUACGAUUUCUGGCAGGAAAGUUGUUCACAAACACACAAAAAAAUACAUUACAGUUAUAGUAAAACCGAUAUAUUCAUCGCUUUUCUCAGAAUCUAAAAUUAAUUAAAUGUAUACAAAACGGCUACUUAUAUUAUAAUAUAUGAUAUACAUAUAUAUUUGUUAUAUUUUGUAUAAUUCAAUUUAUAUUGUCGUAACAAAUAUGUAAUACUCGUAUUAUAAUUAGGGAUAGGUGAUUCAAUAUCUUUGAUACUUAAAACAGUAUUGAAUAUCGAAAUCUAUAGGUGAUUUUUGGUAUCGAUUUCUAUAUUUUAUUAUAUUAUAAAAUAAUAAGCUAUGCCAUGACAAUCACACCGUGGAUGAAUAGAUUAGCUAUAAUUAAAUAAACUAGUAUUUUUUUAAAUUUAAAUGUGUUAUUUCUUUCAAAUUCUAAAUAACGAAAUUUUAUAAUAAUAAAUGAUAUUAAAAUUUAGUAAUUGUGUUUUAAAAAUUAUUCUAAAGUAUAUAUUUGUCAUUUAAGUAGGUAUUUAAAUACCUACCUUAAAAUACAAAACGUUUAAAAACCUAUUUGAAAUAUACCACGCCGUCUGCGGUAAUCUAAAACUAUAGUAUUUUGUAAUUAUAACAUAAUGUAUUGAGAAUAUUAACCCCGUGUAUACCGGUUUAUUAUCUAAUCGAUUAUUAUUUGAAAUUCGUCUACAUUUUAUUAUUAAACACGCCAAUGAUCUUGACAUUAUCUCAAUAAUAUAAUUCGUAUAACCGACGAGAAACGAUUAAUAAUAUUGUCCGUCUUAGUAUUUUCCCAGAAAAUACACGUCACUUUGGUUACACUGUUCGGCGUUCGUAUAUUAUAUCUGCUGAAAAGAUCGAAUAUCCGCGAUCCAAGUUUGUACACGUAUAUAAGCUGAGCCCCUAAAUCCCCUCGAGGGUACAGGAAUAAUUUUAAAUUGCCAAUUAGCGCUGUAUAAUAUUAUACAUACCGGUCUUGUUAAUAAUUAUAAAUGUGGAAAAAUACAAUAAUAUAACUCCCCAAGGUCUAUGCGGAAUUCUUGCAAGUUUUACAGUGUUUAACAAUAUGCUAGUUGUAUUACUAUUAUUAUUGCGCACGGAUAAAUUUCCCCUUCCUUAAAAGACUUUUUUUAAAAAUAUUUUAUGAUAUACCUUGGUAGACCUAUCUGUAAUAGUUCUGUAACUAUUUUUUUCAAAUAAAAUACUACCGGGUAAAAAAUUGGUGAGAUACAAUACGAUUAAUUUUGAACAUUUUUACUAGCCGAAAAAUUAUUUUCCAUGAAAAAAAAAAAAAACUAAACAAAGGAUCCAGUAAACUGUGAAAAUUUUCAAAUAAAGUACCUGAUAUCAGGCCAACUUUUUAAAGUAGAUACUACCUACGUCAAUUUUGCCUAACCGAAAAGUGUAAACUAAAAAAAAAAAACAUAUUUCAGUAAAACUAAUAGCUUAUUCACUUCACUCAGAAUCUACAACAUAAAUCUAGGAGAGGUGAGAUACCCCAUACGAUAUUUAUCUAACAAAUUAUCCAUCCCCUCCUCACACCAAAAUAAUAACUCCGUCAUAGCACGGCGUGCAUCGGUCUUUGAUCUUUAAUCGAUUUAGUAACAAUUGAUAGAAAUCAAAUAUGAUUAAGUAUAAAAAUGGUUUUAAAUUGGUCAACUGGUAUAAGUAUAUAAAUAUUUUUUGGGCUAUAAAAAAAUUAAAAUAUGAAUAAAAGGUAUGAGUAUUUAUAUGAAACAGUUUUUUUAAUAUUUUUUUUUCUAAAACACAAAAUAAGUCAUAGAUUAACCAAAAUACCGACUCAAAACAAGACUAAAAGCGUUAAACUACAGGGCAAACGCCUAAGUUCUCCCCUCUCAAUGAAGCUACUAGAUUAUCUCUAUUUAUCACAGUUCAAUUAUAUAUAAUUUAUGUAGAAGACGAAUAUAAAAAUGAAAAAAAAGGAAGUGAGUACAAUAGAUCGUUCAUUUCAUAUUGUUUGCUAAUGUCCUUCAAAUAGCAACAUUAGGAAAGACACUAAAUAAUGUGUAAAAGUCCGAUUAAUCAGAUAUCGUCUAGUAGAAAAUCGUAAAGAAGAAUAAGAAAAAUAUUCAUGAUAUGCGAUGACUUGAAAUAUUCAAAAUGAAAAAAAGAUGACGUACAAAAUAUUGUUUUUAUAGCACUAAACGGUUAUAUAGUAAUAUUAUUGAAGUAUACCUAUAGAAUAUAGAUAUAGGGAAAUUAAAAAAUAAUUUUGAUUUAGUUUAUAACUUCCAUAUAUAUUUACCUACACGUAAAUAAUUGCCUAUUGUGAUUAUGAAAAAAAUUGCAUUAUUCACAUAACAAUGCAAAACGAUUCUGUUAUUUCUUUUAUUAUGUACAAAUAAAAAUUGCCAACUUAAAAAACAAAUUUUCACGAUACGAAUAAAUUAAUUAAACUGCAAUUCACCGCAAGAAGAAUAAAUUAUUACAAUAUAAUAGGUAACCUACCUAUUAUAUAUACAUAUAAUAUAUUAUACUCUUUGUUUGCUAUAAAAUAAAUUAAAAACUAAAGAAAAAUUUUUACAUUUAAAUAUGGACCUAGAUAAAUUCGUUUUUACGAGUUUCCUUGUUUUUUCAUUGUCUUUAAUUUUGAAUUGUUUAUAGUUUUUUAUCGGAUAACGAAGAUAAAUUCAUAUAGUAUUAAACUGUAUAGGUGUGCGGUCUAUUUAGAAAAUAGUAACGAUCCAUUUGAAUUUAUAUACUUAUAAUAUUUUUAACGGAUUUUGUUUGAAAAUAACAUUUUUUCCCGGUGGUUUUGCUUAUUAAAUAAUUAAAUAUUUUUUUUUUUAGAAAUUAUAUACAUUUAUUCUAUUCUACCUAUUCUAGUUAUAUACAAAACUGCAAACUUUAUAGCAGUAAAAAUCGACCACCUUAAGUAUUACUUUACAGCGUAAGAUUUUAAAAAUAAUUGUUUGUUUAUAUUUUGUAUUGAUGUUACUUGCAAACUCUUUCAAUGAACUAUGAAUAUUGACUGAGACUUUAAAUCGAGCUUAUUAUACGGAAUUCAUUUUAAUUUAAUAUUAUUUCAAAAUAUAUAUGAUAUUAACUUAAUCUUCUAAGCCCGUCAAGAAUGAAGUGUUAUGAGUUUUUUAUUACUUUUAAAAUAGAUCGGUACUGAACUCGAUUGAAAUUCUAAUAUUAUUUUUACUAAAAAAAAAAAUCGGUCAAAUUUAACUGGCAUAACUGGCAGGUAUAUCCCGAGACACCGGAUUUACAUAUAUUUAUUAAUCGAUAUAAUAUUGAUGGGAAAAUCUCUAAAUCAUAAAAUCGACAAAACGUAUUUUACGUAGGUAUACCUACGUUUGCGAAUAUAAUCCUUGUUUACUAAAAAAAAUAAAAAAUAAAUUACAAUCUAAAAUAUAAAAACUUAUACGCGGCUUUAGUUGCUUUUAUUACACUUACCUAUGACAUCACUAUUAUACCUGCAGCCUAUAUGUGUAGCGCUGCACUACUGCGAAAACACAUUAAUUAACAGAGUGGGCGUAGGUACGUUUCGUAGGAUCGGGUUUUAUCUCUUAGCGUUUAUGUAAAUCAAUAUAUAUGGGUCUCCGGUAUACCUACACAAUGUUAAUAACGGUACAACAAAAUAAUAUAAUAUAUGUAUAAUACACACACACACACACGCGCGCGCAAAUUUUAAACGUAUUAAAGAAUCUAGCACGUGUUUCGUGUAACGAUAAUAUUAUUACAUCCUAGAAUCACUACGGGUUUGACGUCAACCGGAGUAUUUGGUUUGUACAUAAAACACGGUGCGUCGUCUAAAAACAUACUGUCUGGGCUUUUGAUUUCGGAUUUUCGAGUUCUGUACACCUUUUUAGAAGGAUUUUGAUUUCGAGUAUCAAAUCGAUAACUCUUUUCGGGAAGAACGAUUUUCUUGAAUGCUAUACGGUCUCAGAAAAAAUAAUAAUUACGUCUAUAUUAUAAACUUCUGAAUGAGGAAAGGGCCGUGUUUUCAAGAGAAAUACAAUAAAAUCCUUAAGCGCCUAAAGUUUUAUAACAUUUCAUAAAAUGAUUAUGGAAACUUAUAGACGAUAAUCAUUUCUAACACUACACAUACCAUUAAAAUAUUUAAUAUCAAGAUGAGAUUUGUUUCUUAUUCAUUUUCAGUGAUAUCAAAUAUAUGUGUCUUUCUUGGAAACUUUUAAAAUGUAAACAAAUAUGAUCUUUCUGAAAUACAAUAAUAUGUCUGCCGCCAAUUUACAGGUUGGACAAAUUUCAUCUGAUAAUUUCAUCUGAAAAUAAAUAUAAUUUCUAAUUGGAAAUUUGUUAAUUUUGCGAAUCGUGAAUUUACGUUUUGAAAGUCGAUUUACUUGAAAUCAUACCCAGGUGGUUUACAUGAAAAAAAAACCCGCUGAUUUAUUGGGUCACAUAUAGGAUUUUACAGUAGUCAUCGUCAAUAAAUGUGUCCGGUCGAAAAACUUAAAAGUACCUAGGUAUACGAAGCCGAAAACGUACUACGCGUAUUUGCCAAAACGUCGUUGUAAAUAAUUGACACGAGUUUGCUAAUUAACGUUUUAACGGUGACACUCGUUUUGCAUUUAAAAUAUCCACUGUCGACGUCAUUGUACCGUGCUUACCACACACACGCGCACACGCUCGCGGAAUUUUGUGAUCAAAUUAUAAGGAAACGAAACGGAAAUCAUCCUGCCUUGCGGGUCACGAUGUCGCUGAACUCCAAAAAUAUGCGUUGGCAAAUAUAAAAGUCAAUAUAUGUAGGCAUAAAUAGCUUAGGUUCUUACAAGAUUCAUUGAAAUUUCUGACUAUUCUCCCAAUGGUCGUUGAACAUAUUGGUUUUUAGCGAAUACUUUUAAAAUUUUUUCCAAUUUUCCUAAUAUUGGUUGUUAAAAUUGAUAAUAAUAUAGUUGACGUGUGUGAAUAAUUCGCAUUCAAACAUUAAUUUUUAACUUUAUUUCUGUAUAGUUCUAAUUGUACAAUUCGUCUAAAAUACUGUCCUCUUAAUCCCCACAUAAGAGUCACUUUUAGGAAUAAUAUUGAUAUCAUAAUAAUACAGUUUUUUAUAGAUAUGAAAAUAGUAUACAUAUAGGUAAAAUAUAAUAAAAUUAUUUCAUACCCAUUAAAUAUUUGAAAAAUUAAAAAAAUUAAAGCUAAAAAUGAUCACAUUAAGAAGUUUUAAUUGGGCUACAUAAGAAUUCUGAUUUCAGUAUUUGCGUGUAUAGAUAGAAUAAAAAAUCUAACCUGAAGAGUAAAUCAUACAACAACAAAUGGCAAAAACUCGAAGAGAAAUUUUUUUAUUAAACCAAGAGCAAUUAUUCCGAUCAAACACACGUACACCUUAUGAUUGUGUGUAAUAUUUCUCAGAAUAAUUGUAUACUGUAAAGUUUAUAGAUGAUAACCAAUAGCACUUACCAAGUAGGAACCUAUAUUAACCAAGUAAUAUUAUUUCGAAAGACAGGUAUUUACAAAAUCAUAAUAGAAGUACUUUUCCGAUAGAAUAUAAAAUGUUUUAUUGCUAAAUAAACGCAAUAAAACUAAAUAAGUAUUUAUUUUUUUAUUGUCAAGCAAAAUAUGUCAUUUAUUAUAUUUCAACGAUGACGAAAAUUCACGAUUCUUUACCAUUCAAUAGUUUAGUCACGUGUUUAAAAUAAAAACCUGUGCAAUUUAAAUUCUACACUUGUGUUAUAUAAUACUGUACUGAAAAAUAUUGUGGAAUAUAUAUUUUUUAAAGUUUAUAAUCAAUUAAAAAUAACCGGAGUAAGCUUUAUUUAGUAAUUAAAAAACUAAAAUUUCAAAAAUUUGAUACAGCUCACAGAUGUACAAAGUAAUUUGAUUUUUAUAUUGUAUGCAAUGAUAAAUCAUUGCAAUCCAAAAAACAAUUCUGAGCGGAUUAAUAUUAGUAAAAUUAGACGUGUUUUUUUGCCCCGUAAACCAGUUUGUAAACCAGAAAUCAACAAAAACAAAAUCGAUGUAUUAACAUCGGACAUUUUUUAUUGGUAUUUUUUUUAAUUUAAUAAAAAAAAAACAGUUGGGAAUCUAGACAUUUUUUUCCAAAUAAAGUACUAUCGGACGAAAAAUCCACAUCUUUCUAAGAACGAUGAGAACUAUCCUUCUUACUAAAUGAAAGUGUUUUCCGAUAGGUAAAAAAAACCCCAACAAAUGUUUCAAUUUAAGUAUUACUGGGCUACUGGUACUACUAAAAAUUUCAAAUUCCAUAAUUUUACAACUUUAUAUAAAUACUGUUUUAUUUAUUUGUUAUUACAUAUAGUUGUAUUAUUUGUUACUUUAUCAAUAUUGUUUAUUACCUAAUAUUUAUGGACUUACAGUUACAACAAGUAUUAUGAAUGAUUACACAAGUCCGAUUACUCGAAUAUAAAAUGAGAAAAACAAAAACCAUUGAGAUAUUACGAGUACCUAUCUAUAAUUAUAUUAUGGUAUGAUACCCAUAUUCAAAUCAAAUUGUUUUUUUAUCUUGAGAAAAAUUUCGAUACGCUAAUAAUUAUGAAUCCUUGAGAAUUAUGUCUACUAUAUUGUAUUAAAAUGCUUAUGAAAAGAUUAAUUAAAACGUUUCCAUUUAUAUAUAUUGCGACUCGCGUAAAUUUUAUACGUAGGGAAAUAAUUUUUCAUAAGUAUGAACUCGCAUCGCGAGAACGUAUCAGUAAGACCGUGUAAUAAACAGUGGCGACAUAAUAAUAAUAAUAAUAACAACAAUAAUCUUUGAUAUCGUAUAUGUCCUUGUCACGGUCAACGGAACGCGCGGAGGCGUAGAACACAACCUAUACAACAGUCGAUAAUAAUAUUUCAUAGUAGGUAAUAAUAAUGCGCCUUGUGUCGAAUAUUUCGUAGCGACCCACUACCGAGGUUUCCAAAAACCGUCUUAUCAGAAUCAGUGGUGGAUUUUCAACAUUUUUUUGCGACAAGUGCUAAAAAAUAAAAUUUACCUAUUUCAAAGGUAUCUAUAUAUUAGAUACCUCUUUUUCAGAUGAAAUUUUAUUGAAAUUAUAUCGGUGUCUGGGGGUGUCCAGACCCCCUGAACCCACCCCCAUCCUUAAAUCCAUUACUAUAAAAAAUUAAAUUUUGAAACGGGGCUAUUUUUCAUACUCCUAGUGUAGAGAAGUACAUAUUAGUUUUCAAAUUAAAUUAAGGCUUUUUUCCCGGAAAACACAUUUUGUCACGCAGUCCCUUAAAAACUGUGGAAAUUCCACUGGGUAUUUUACUUAAAUAUACGCUGAUAUAUUACUUGAAACGUUUUUCUAAAUUUCCGACAGUUUUUCUUGAGAAUUUAAAAAACCGACAAUACAUUGAUUUUAUUUUUACUUUUUAUUGAUUUCUGGGUUACCCAAAUAUUGAAAGUUAUAAGGGGAAACACAUGACAAAAACCAAUAUUAUACCAGUUUACCGAUUAGAAUCGUUUUUUGGUUGCAAUAUGUGUCGUUGAUUUCAAUACAUAUAAACUAAAUUAUCCUACUGUCUUACACUCCUAUAUACGUUUUCAACAUCUAACACAAGUUAGAAAUAAAUGUUAUUAGUGAGCUAAUCUAUGGUACAAAGUAUACAUUCGGUUUUUUUUUUAAAAAUAUAUAUUUUUAUACAAUAAAUCGCAAUCUAGCGCAAAACAUCAAAUAUCAUCAUUUGAAAACGAACUUAAUACAUUAUUUUGAUCAGUAUUUCGAUCGUAUUGCUAUUGUAACUUUGCAUUGAAACUUGUAACGAUAAAUAUUGACUCGUCGCAGGUCUAAUCCUAAUCUGGUUAUCUGUUCACAACCACAGGCUGUUCUACAGUGUAUAUUAUAAUAUAUAAGUACAUAAGAUAGUACUCAAUUGUAAUAUCAUAAUAAUAAUAAUAAUUGUUAUUAUUAUUAUUAUUAUUAUUAUUAUUAUUAUUAUUAUUAUACCUCACUGGUUUGUCUACCUACACGCCCGUCACACCCACCACCGUGCGUCAAAUUGUGCGCACAUACACUACAAUAUUGAGUAUAUACCGCGUGUAUCUGUUAUGCCAACAGUUUUCGUUUGAAUUUUGGGUAUAGUCGCAUAGACCAACGUUUCUUAAAUUUAAGGUCACGAAUAAUUUUAAUUUGGUUGGCCUAACAUUUUAAAAUUCCAAUAAGAAAAAGGAUGUUUUAAACAUGUUAAAAUAAGACAAAUACAAAUUAUACCAUAGAGACCUCCUCAUUCCAUAUAUUAAAAACGUUGCCAAAACAUUUUACAAAUGUUUCCGUCUAAAAUUAAUAAAUCAUCGUAACCCGCUAAUCCAAAAUCUCUCUUCCCAAACGAUCCCAGGGGAUCCUGGCCGGCGUUUAAAGCGUAACUGGUGCCGUGACCUUCUAGCUGACUGACCAUUGCCAUACACGUCAUGGAGUCCUGUUACUGAAUAGGUUCUCCAAUCAAGCCCACUUGAAUUUCUCUCCAUUUAUUAUCCUUAUUGUAAAAUUAUUAUACAGAUUGUACAAAUAAAUAAAUAUGAUAAAAAGUUUUAGUAUAUUUUAAGAUGAUGUCAGUAGCACUUGAACGAAAAUCGUAACACUAUUUAUAAAUGUGCAUAAUUAUAAUAAAGAAAUAUACAAAAUAAUAUUUGUAUUAUUUCGUUGUUAAUGACUAAAGAAGAAUCUUUUGUAGAUGAAUCCGAUUAAUCAAUUUAUGAACAUUGCAUUGUGGCAUCAAAUAUAUAUUUUUUAAACUUUUUAACUAUCAUUUUUCCGUGGAACUGCAUGCAAAAUAAACGUAACCACGCGUUUUAUUAACACGACACGGUAUACUGAGAAACUUCCUUUAAAAGUAGAUACAGAUACUAAAUAGGAUUCGUUCAAAACAUCGCUGAGGCAAAUUUACUCCUUUCUUAGAAAAAAUAUGGAAGAUUGAAAUUAGAAUUAUUUAUUUGAGUUUACGCCAAAGGUUCAAAUACCGUUAUUAUGUAAACAAAAAUGAAUGAGUUAAAAAUAAUAUUAAAUAAUAUGAAUGAAGAGAAAAGUAAACAUUGUUACAACUUAAAAAUAAACAAGCAAUAUUAUUUUAACAGGUGAGAAAUUUGAAUAAAACAUAUUUUAUUACAAAUUAAUAUUCUAACAGUAACAACAUGAGUUGCGUUGUAAAACUGAAGGACUACCGGGUUUAAAAAAUCAAAAUUAUAGACAAUUUGUUACACUCAACUGACAUUCUAUUCAGAAGAGUAUUAAAGUCGUAAGAAGUUCUACGAGAAGAUAAAAGUGAAGAAAAAGUGGGACAGGAGUGAGAAAAGUAUUAGGGUUACAAGAAUUGGAACGAGAUUGGAAUUGAAACAGUUCAGGACUAGAGAUGUGACCAUUUAAUAGCUUAUACAUAAAAUAAACAUCAAAAUAACGACGUCUACUAGAUUAGAAAUCUAAGUUAAAACUAUAAUGAUGUAAGUUAGACUCAAUAUCGCUGUGGUUAUUAUACAACAGAAAAGUGAAUAUAUGAAAGAAUAGUGCUGGAUAAUACUUUGGUUAAAAAUUUGUAUACCACCCCAAAAGGUUAAGAGACAAUAAUGGGCGCUCGCAGGAAAUUUAUCAGGGAGGGGCAUAAUAAAAUUAAACAUCAAAAAGUACUUAAAAUAAAAUUAUUAAAAUUAUAUUUGAAAUUUUGAAGUCUAGAGAGGGGGCAAAUGCCCCGUCUUUCCCCUUCCGGGCGCCCAUGGAAACUAUUAUAGCACACAUGCUGUGAAACAUAAACAUAUUAUAUGUGCAUUGCUCAGAAUCGUCUACAUUAAAAAAGCGAAAAUUUACAAUGUACAAUAUAAUAUUGUAGACAAUUUUUUCUGAAUAGGAAAAUAAAUGAUAAUAAUAUUGAAAAGGUACAUUUAAAACUUUUUGACUAACCUGCCCAGUACUUUUUUAAACAUAUUACUGUCAGUAUUUUAAUACGGUAUAACACAUAAAUAUAUACGUAACUAGCAUUACAUGUUCAACGGCUUCAUAUCGAUUUUCGAUUUCUAAUCAACCAGAUCUCAAUACGAAACAAUCGUGAACGUAAUAAAUUUCUUGUGAAGCUGAAUAUGGAAAAUAAUUAGUAGAUUAGGUAAGCUUGCACGUUCAGAUGUUCUACAAUAAGAAUAGUUUAGCCAUAACUACAUAAAAUAUUUAUGUGUUUCCGUAGACAUUUUUCAGCAGAAAAAACUAUUUACAUGAAACUGAUAGACGAAUUUCUACAAUAUCAUAAAUUAAUAUUUUUCAUAAUAUUAUUAUAACAGUUUUUCCAGGAGUAAAAUAUCAAGAAAAAUCGCUACUCAAAGUUGAAUAUUUUAAAAUUUCAAAACAAAAAAUGAUCAUAAAUAAUACGAGUACAUUUAUGAAUAUCCCAUACAAUUUGGAAUACCUAUUCAAAACCGGAGUUAUUAUAAUUAUAGAUAAAAAUAAUUAUUAAUAAUAACUUCAAUUUUAUAUUAUCGACAUCACACAAUUAGUUAAUAAAUCAAAUACUUGCCACUCUUGUUAUAUUUUUGUAAACCAACGCAGUUAUUGUUUUGUAUGGUUGACAAUUGCAAAGUGUUACGUCUUACGUAUAUAAUUCUGACCAGUGAAAUGGCAUUGGAUUAAGAUAGUUUUAUUCGCUUAACAUAUAACUUAACCAAAUAUAGUUUGUCUAACGAAACGAGAAAUAACUGACCAUAUGUAAAAAUUAGAAAUCAAUUAAUAAUUAUAGCUGUAUGUAUGGUGUUAUAAUCACCAGAUUGAUAUACGUACUAAAAUAUUAUACUACUUCCAUAAAAAAAAAAUUGAAAUUUUGUGUCAUAAAAAUGGUAAUGGUAGGGGUUAAAAGUCGAAACUCCCAAAAGGCAUAUCCUUGAUCAAACGCCAUUCAUACACAAAAUGUCAUCAGUCUGGCUACAUUUCGGGGGUCUGUAGGGGUAUCCAGGACAGGCGUUACGCUUUCCAAGGCCCUGGAUAAAUUAAUUUAUGUCAUGUUUUUUUUUCGACGUACCACUCUUUUCACUUAAUAAUUAUAAUAAUACCCUACAUUUGGCCGCGGCCGGAAAUACUGUUUAAUGAAACAACGCGCGUGUACGUACUUUUCCCAAAAACAUAGUUACAUUUCUAAAAAAAUUAUUUUCCCAGUUUUACGCACAUUAUAAUUAUGCUACCCUUUUUUAUAGGUCUCUAAGCUUCGGGCCUCGGAACGCGCGAAGCCCUGGACGUAAGCCCCACUUGUCCUACCCAACCGCCGACCCUGGGAGUAUCCAAAGCUAAAAAACCACACACCCCCCCCCCACACCAACAUAAUAUGAUUGAAAUUAGACUCGACUAUUAUCCGCCUAAAAACCCAAUUUAAUUUCUGGAUUUAAGCUCGUUUGGUCCAGAAGGCACCACUCUAAUCGUGUCCAAAAGUAGCGGGAAUCAGAUACAAUAUACAGUGCAUUAGUUUCAAAUUUUCUGAGGAAAUUCGACCGAACCCAUAAAACAUCAUAGCGUACAUACAUUAUUAUAUCGGAAUAAAUUACUAUAAAAAGAUUCAUCGAAAUAAACUCCAAUAGUCUGGGUCUAGGUGUACAGUAUAAUAUAUUAUGAUUGUUUUGCGCGACGUGUGAAGAUAAUGAUCUCAGUUGACGUUAUAGGUUUGUACCGCAGAGCAUAACAACAACUGUAAGUACAUAACGGACAAUAAUUAUUGCGUGAUUUCCGCGUAAUUUGUGGGUACAGCUGUAACAACAACGCGUAUCAGCAGUACUCGGUCAUCGUGAUAAUAGUAUUACCGGUGGAUACACGUACCGGAGAACCGAAGACUUUGCCCACGCGAAUCGAUCGUUAUUGCGUGUACACGCGAAACGCAAUAAUUCUGCACCGGCGGUGUUCAGGGACGCGUUGCAUAUUCGUAUUACAAUGUACGCGCCGGUGCAUCUGCGCGCGCGAAAUAGGCUCCUCGCACGUUUAACGUACAAACUGUACGGGACAGGCGGGCAGGUUCAUACGCACAUAACGUUACAGUAAUGUUACGUUCAUAAAACGCCCAUCCGACGAACGAUCGUCAGCGGUUUCCGUUGGGUAGGACGCACUAGAGGCGGGAAAAAAAAACAUCUAAUAGUUUUUUAUCGGCGUUAUUAUUAUAAUAUUUUGUUCUACAAUAUAAAUAAAUCGCGUCGCGUAUAUAACAUUAAUAAUAAUAGUAUCAUAAAAUAACGCGGUUUUUUUUUUUUUUCCAUUUGUCCGACACGUCUUAAUACGGGACCAAGGCCGAUUUAGGACGUAGGUAUGUAAUGCGCCUAUAAUAUUGCAUUCAUAUCCGCUGGAGAUCAUCGACGCGCAAUUUAAACCCGCACAAAAAGAUAACAGUAAAUCAUACGGGUGGCUGCCGCGCAUACGCGCGCGUCCGAUACGAAACCUUAUAAUUAUACGAUUUAUCUCGCGAUAAUAAAAUAAAAUGUGGCAAACGAUUUGGAGAGAUUUCGCGCGAUCUAAUAUUGCAAAGUCGGUACGGUAUUUAAGAUCAAAGAUUCGUAUUAUAGAUAUCAACACCGAAUCGAAACCUGUAAUCAUCGUCUCGCGUGGUUUUUUUUUUUUUUUUGUUUUAUCUUGAGCGAAAAUCGACCAUCGGCGUAACGUUAUUAUUUCAGUGGAAGAAAAAAACAAAUGGUAAAUUACGCAACGAAUUAACGAUCGAGAGUGCUACGUUCGAUACAGAAAAGUAAUCUGAGGUCUCGUAACGAAACAUUUUCAUUUCGCACGACCGAUGAUGUACACGAAAUCCGCGACGGUUCCAUACGCACGUGACAACUAAUCCGCGACAUAUUAGCCGACGUGCGUUAAUACAAUAUGAUGCACGUCUGUAUGUAACCGAAUUAAUAUGCGACAAGGAACACCGCCACACGGAUUGUUUCCUGACACGUAUAUGUAUGACAUGUAUAAUAGAGAAAAAAAAGUGUCCCCUAAUUUGGUACGAAACCUUGAGCGUUUAGGUAUAGUCGUUCCUUUGUGACCGUUCUAGUGAACAGGUAGAAAAUGUUAUAUUUUUUUUUCUAUAAAGUUCACGAAAACCAUAAAAACAUUCAUCAUUAUUGCGAUUAUCAUUAUUAUUAUUAUGAAUUUCACUUACUCGAACAUCGUUGUUUUAUCGGUUUGAAUGAUAAUUUGUAUUUCCAAGAGUUCUUCUUUUGCUUAACGUAUUCCUCCGCCAGCCGAUUAAUGUUCACUAUAAUAAAAAAAAGAAGAAAAAAAAUAAUAACAUUAGUACCUAUGUUUAUUAAACACGUCUGCUGAUAAUGAAAAAAAAAAAAAUUACAGGCUGUGUUUAAAUAACGUGCGUUUAUACAAUACACGCAUAUCAAAAUGUAAAAUCUGUUCAAACUGUGAAAAACGGAUUAAAAAAAUAAUAUUAUGAUAAUCUAUCAUAUUGUCAUGCGGUUUAAAACACACUUUGUGGUUAUGUGGCUUGUAAAUGUAAACACGUAUUAUGGCAAAUAUUUUUUUAUAAAUUAACUAUGAUAUUAAUUAUAUUUAGGAAUUUUGAGUUAAAGUCGCAAAAACCGCAUGACUAGCAUAUUUUAUUUUAUUUUAUUUAAACAUUUUUAUAAACAUUGAAAUGAACUUUUCACAGGAUUUUUCGGAUUUUUCGACAAAGCUAUAAUACCAUUAAUUAUUAUACGAAUACAAAAACUAAUCCUAUAACCCGAUAUAUUUUAUAUUCAACUUAUUGGCUAUGCCAUUACAGGCAACAUAAACGUUAAAGCAAUUAUUGUUGUUAAUGCCCGCCUGUAAGCCAACGAUCAAAUUAAACCGCGUAUAAAUCCAAAUUACGCGUGCAUAAUUUAAAACCAUCUAUAUUCUAUAUAUAGGCAAAAUGAAUAAUUUUCAAUAUUACGAACUCUAUGUAAAUAACGAACGCACACGUGUAUUUGAAGCUUUGGACGCGAAUACACGUGGCUUUUAAUUGUACACAGUUCUAAAACAAUCACUGACUAUUGCAGUAUACAUAAUAUUACAAUAAUAAUAAUUGUCUUAUUAUUGUUCAUUACGCUAUGUUGAUAAACACGAGAUUAACGAAUAAAUUGACAAUGCUGUACAAUAAUGUUUUCGAACACACCGACGAGUGACAAGAAUCGUCGCUUCCGCAAACGUUUGCAAUAUAUCACGGACCGCGUAUAAUACGUCAUAAUAAUAUGUCGUCGGUCCGAUCCAAAACGAAUAUUACGUCAAACGAAUGGACUACCUGUGCGAUUGUCGAUUUAUCUAUCAAUUUUACAACCGUAUGCCUAUAGUGACCGGCAAACCGAUCACCAUUCGGUGGGGUAAAUCCGAGACAUUACGAUAAUAUAAUUCAGAUAUCAAUUUUGUUACGGUCGCGGGAGAAAAUAAAAAAAACCGUUUAGAUAGGGGUCGCGGUUUUCUUAUCGGGCGGACGAUAUUCCACGCGGUUUUUCUCGCCGCCGUAUUUCGACCUGUAUGUAACGAGUAAACGAAAAAACAAAAAUAGUUUGACUACUUUUUAAUUUUUCGCCUGCAGCGAUAAUUUAGGUUUAUAACAAUAUGUGACUAUAUAUAAGCCCCAAUUUCAAAAUUAAUCUUUUAAAUAGAUAAAAUAGAUAAAAGAUUUUAUCUUUUAUAUAUAUAUAUAUAUUAGCUACUAAUAAAAACUAUAUAGCCCGACAGUUGAAUUACAAUAAAAAGAAAAGGAAAACAAUUAACAAAUAAUAAUACAAUGUGACAUAAAUAUUAAACAACGAAACCAGCUUCCAAAAUGAUACCGAUAAGAGUUGAGGAUAGAAAAAUGAUUGAGAUAAAUAUUAAGAGGUUCUAUGGAGUUGUACAAAAUUAAACGUUUGCCGUGUGAACAGUGACAAUCGAAAAGUUUAUGGGAGAAAGAUCGAAAAUACUUUGGGCGAGAUACAGUGCGCCGAAAGAGAGGAGGAAAUCGGUUUAUAAAACUAGUAAAACGCGUCGGAUAUGUCUUAUCCGUGAAACGAGUAAAAAUUAUUGUAGCGAAUCUGCGUACACGAGCGCCACGGCACAUAAAAUCCGUUAAAAAUUCAAGAAAGAUAAAUAUUUUUCAAUGACCGAAAUGAGCUUAUUCGCGUCAAAGUACACGCCCACCGCUGUCGGUAACGUAAAAUGUUUGUAUACUAUUAUCGAGUUUCUCCUAUGUCUGUCACAUACGCUGCAUAACCGUUUAAGCCGUAGCAUAAUGGUGAUGAAAAAAUUUUGAAGACUGAUAUGAGUUCAGCGUGAAAUGUGCACGAGAUUAACCCGGUCAAUUUUCCGAAUUUCCUGACUCGAUUUACGAAAAUUUGAUUUGAAAAUCCGUAAAAAAACUAAAAUCAAAUCGAAUACCGAAGUGACCUGGCCGAUCUCGCGUACGCCACGCGCCGGAUUCAAAUCGAUUUUCGGAACUCUCGUCGCAUUGUCGCACGUCGAUCGACUGACGGACAAACAAUUCGGUUACAUUUCCACGCCGCCAACCAUUAAAUAUAUGUAAUAAUAAUUGAACAUCGGUAUAACAAUACAAUAUUGUACCUACUUGUUUAUAACACGUGUAUAUUUCGGCUCGCAAGUCCAGUAUCACCGAAAUAUUCGCGUGCGAAAUCCCCUUGACGGUCGAAUUCUUUAUAAAAAGUGUAUAAUAUACAAACCCCGUAUAUUAUAAUUUUAUGUUGAACCCGACACGUGGCGGAUUUUCUUUCGUGCAGUUGCGGACCUCCUUCAAAACAAUAUUAUUAGGAAUAAUAAUACAGGAAGUAGGUGAUGUACGUCUUAUAAUAUUCUAGGACAGUGUACGCUGCGCGAAACGGAAAAUCAGUGUUCGCCGGGGGCCAAAAUGAGCCGGUGCGCGUCGUUGUCGUUACGGUCGUUUUACGUUACUCGGCGCCCGACGACGAGCCUAAUUGGCGAAUAAUAAUAAUAAUAAUACUAAUAAUAAUAAUAGGCGAUUCGGUCGUUUAAAACGUAUCGCGUGUGCCAAAAAAAAAAAAAAAAAUAAUAGUUAAAAACUCAAAUCGUUUCUAUGCACACAGUCCGCCCCCUCGAAAUUCGCAUACUCGCGCCACAACAACACGCGUCUCUUCGGUGUAAUCAAUCAUUCUUUUUAUUAUUAUUAUUAUUAUUUUUUUUUUUUUCUGAGGCCGUGUUAUUACUUGUGCGCCAGUCACCGGGCCACACCAUUGUCCGUCGUGGCACGUAUACCUGUAUAGGCAGUGGACGUAUAUUAUAAUAGUAUAACAGUAAUAAUAAUAUGGUAUCCGAUAACAACGAUAGUCGUCCGUUAUCCGCGAGUGACGGCGGAAUGAACGAUGGAUAUUUUUAACACCCUCGAAAGAAAAAAAAAAUGUGACCUAUAUAUAAGUGACUGAAAAGAUAAUAAAUACACGUACCUGUUUAAUAUUAUUAUAAUUUCGGGUAUAUAGGCCGGUUUUUCGGGUGGGCGGCGUGAGGCCGCGAGAGGAACCGAUAUCUUACAUUUGUAACCGAUUCGUUGUGCAAAACCCGACACACAGGAUGAUAAGUUGACGAUUUGUUUUCGCGCACGGACUAUUCGGGAGGUUUAUUUUUAUUUUUUUUUUAAGCCGCGUAAACCGUUUCCCGAAAGUCGAUCAUUCGUGUUUUUUGAAUUUACUAUACUCGUUUCAGAUCCAAUCAGCACGCUGUGGCGUGCUUCGCGCGGCUUUUACUAGACACCGAAUCGAUGUACCGUACAAAACUACGAGCGCGUACGGUGCGUUAGAAAAUCGAUAUGAAAACCGUUACGAAACACAAAUCUGCCGUUCACAAGCCUCGCGGAAAUAAAACACGCGACAUAAUAAUAAUUAUUGUCUCGACUAAUAAACGUAUUAUUUAUUUUUUCUCGAAACACAAUUAAUAGAAUAUUAUGGAUGUGGGCUAGAGUGCCGAGUGGGCGAAUCGUACGUACACGCGCGUUCGUUUUCUGCGGAUAUUACAAUAUAUUAUAUUAGGUAGGUACGACGGCGGCCUUGACGGCCUAUAGCCGAAACGAGCGCGGCACGUCACGUCGCGGAAACGACGGUGUCUAUUUCGUUCGGCCUACCUCGUCCGGGGGGAAAUGAUGUAGGGGAGAUAAUGGCACAAUAACGACGAGUGCAUGUUGCGAUUUGAGCGGGCGAAGUACGACGCGUAACGAUGAUGGACAGGACGGUUUUGGCGGCGAAAAUAAUUGUACAUACAGCUCGGAUAAAGGACGACGUCGGAAAUUAAAGAAAAUAAUAGAAAAGCCCGGAUUUGAUCGCGGAAAACGUGUGUAAGACGAUAUUAAGGACAAUAAUGCGAACCUGAAGACCCUUAAACUACUAUUACGACGGUGUAUGUUUCGGAAACGAUCAACACCCGCGGGGAUAUCGCUGUCUUUUUUCGACCCGACAAUAUUAAUGACCGCACGUACGUAUUUUAGUGUACGCGUGUACCGAUGUAUACUGUUAAAAUUCUUCGCCCUAGAUGUCACGUGAAAACAAACGUGUUGUGUUUUUCCGGUUUUGUUUCGCGUAAUCCAUUUACUUCGUAUAGGUACAUUUUUAUUUUUGUAUUUUCGCGUUCAUUGCAGAUACCUGUCGAUUUUCGUGUAAAGACCAUUUCAAUCGUAACGGUAAAUACUAAUAACAAUUUCGAAAACGCGAAAACGAAACGAAUUUAAAAAUAAAUAUUUUCUGUCGAUGAAAUGGAAUAGAGUGUACGUUUUCAAAACGUCGAAUUUUUACUCGAUCCAGAACGGAUUUGGACAAAAAAAACCCGAAAAAUGACCGCGGUAUAAAUCCCCCAAGAGAAAUGUUACGAUUGCGCGUCCGGAUCGAGGCAGUUUUGGGGCCUGGCGGCCAUACAGUAAAAAAACGAAAAUUAGGCAAUCGAAACAUUAGGCAAUCGCCGCCGUGGUGUGUCCGCACGUGGCGGCUGCGGUACACCCGAAUAUUAUGAUUGGCGGUUACCGGUCAUCAUCAGGGGCACCGCGGCGAUAUAGAGACAUAAAAAAAACAAAAAUAAAAAAUAUCGCGGUUUUCGUCAAUAAUAUGGCAUAAGCCUCGCCAUAUGGGACGUAUGCACGUUGUACAAUAUUUAUAUAUUAUUAUUAUUAUUGUACUGGCGUACUGCCACUCUGACGAAAUACAUAAAUUAUGUAUUAUUAAUUCAAUGUAGGCAAAAAAAAAAAAAACCGUUUCAUAUUUUUUUACGUCGCGAGGAUCCGAUCCCGCCAAACAAUAUAAAUUAUAAUAGGCCCACAUAUAAUCGUUCGUAAAUCUGUGGGACUAUACGACCGUGGCCCCGACUAUAGCCCACCCCCUUCCGUCAAUGACGGCUUAGAUUUUGUACCUUAAGCUAUGCGUAUUUGAGUUAGGACGCAACGACGCGGAAUUUUUAUACGAUUUAAUCAAAACUUGUUAUUGGAACAACGAAAAAAAACGUCGAGUGUAAUUAUUAUUUUUAGAUUUUGGACGCGACGAAAAACGUAUUGGUUUUACUAUGCCUUGUCGAUAACUAUUUUAUUGUUUUUUACGAAAAAUAUUGAUCCGAUUUUCGAGUGUAUAGUGCGCCUUUUCUGAAAGCUAACUGUAUUUAGUUAGGUGCAUGAAGGUUUUUUUUAUUUUAUUUUUAGUAUUCUUAACAAUUGAACGAAACUGGGAAAAAACGUACGGAAAACGAAAAAGUUUACGGCAAUAGCGCAUUCCCUACAGUUUCAACAAUAUGUAUAUGCGUAUAGCUAUCGUAUUUGAUAUUUUCGUGUUUUUUGUUUUUAUUUGGUUUUAUGUGGAUAAAAUUGCCGUACGUAAACGCUCGACAAUAUUAUACACGGAGUUUGUCGUCAUGAUCAGUUGUACUUAGUAGCGAAAAAGAAAAAAAAAGUUCACCGUAAUGUAGUGUUAUAUUUUUACGAUCGCAUUUUUUGAGUCAAAUUUUUUGGGAAUCACAACAAAUCACGGCAUUUCAAAAUGCGUUUAUCCGGAAAUCGCUCGGAAUCGUCCGCCAGUGAUUUAUCGUCGGGCGCAGAUAAAUCGAAUAAUAUACUCAGCAAUCCGCACGUCCCACCUUCACGACUUUUCGCCAGCGGUGCGCCCGUCAAACAAUAUCGGCUCGUUUUUUCUGUUUAUUCAGUAAGGGUUUCGUUCAUAUAUAUUGGGUAUGCCGGUAGAUCGCAGACGACUUCAAUGUCGAUCUCACUUUGUUCGAAUUUACCUUUAUACGAUAAAUCACGAUCGCCGAUAACUUCUAUCAUAGUAUUGUUUCGUCGUCGCGCUUCGGUUUAAUCGAGUUAUACGGUUUUUCGGCGUUUUUACUGGUAAUUUUAUUUCCGGUACUAAAUGUACAGAUUAAAUAUCUGUAAAUAUUAUUAUUAGAGUCUUAAAUAAAAGUGUGACGAAAAACAUUAUUCAAACAUGCAUUUCAGUUUUAUUGUUCGUGCGUUGUUAGGUUAUUGAAAGUUACAAGUUUUUUAAAUUUAAAAAUGUUUUUUUUUUUUUUUUUUUUUAUGAAAGUCGAUCAUCAAAGGAAAAAUAUAUUCUUAGUGGAUUUCUACAGAAAAAAAAAAAAAAGUCUAGUCGCCCCAGCUGUAUAGUACGCGUAUAUUAUUAUAAUAUGUUAUAAUGUUAUUAUUGCGGGCGUAUACCGACGAUGACGAGGCGCGGGCGCGCACGCGCGGCCUUUUGUGAAAAAAAACCGAACACGUCGCCGCCGCCGCUAUAUUCGAGGGGGGGAGAGGGGCAGGGGAAAUCCGGCGGACGAAAAAAAAAAAACCGCGCACACUAAAAUCCGUCGGAAACGUUAUGAUAACCUAGGCGACGGCUGCACGGGCGCCCGCGUGCCAUAUACAUAUUUGGCGGUGUGGGCGCCGGAGUUUUGUGUGGGUCACACGGUCCUCGGGCUCCGGUACCCAGGUUACCCUACAUGGUUACACGGCCGGUGACGCAACACGCCGGCCGCUGAGCGGAGCGCACUCCUACCUCAACGCGGCCCGUGUCGAAAACGGCGAGAGAGAGACGAUAUUACAACGAACAAAAACCGAAAAAAAAGUAACAAUAACGAGUGAAAUAAAACCCGAACUUAGCACGCUCGUGUAUGAAUAUAAAAUAUUGUAUUCUUUAUGCGCGAAUUCCGCUCGGGAGAAAUAGGAAUUUUUUUUUUUUUUUUUCGUUUCGUCUUUUAGUGGCAUAUAAUAUUAUUAUAGAGGUUGAUUAUUAUUAUAUUCGACAACCUACGCGCGUCACGCGACCGACCGAUACGAAAAUCCGAUAUUACGACGCGGCGUUUACCUAUACAGUCGUGUGUACUACGACAUUAUACAGGAUGAUCGACAUUUGUAUUCCAAAUAAAUUAAUUAAUUUAAGAAAAAUAAUUACGGUUGUCUCGGAAACCGAUUGCUCUUUUUCUCGAAAUCCGUUUGUCAUGUUACGUUACCCUAUCAGUUACUCAUAUCUCGAAGAGCGAGGCCUAUUAAAUUAUUAAAAAUUAUGUAAUUAGAAAAAUUAAUAAAUAACAGUUUUAUUUGGAAUACGAUUCGGUGUUAUAAUUUUCAAUUUCUUUCGACCCAUCGAAAAGAUAUUCCACUUAAAAGUUCAGGUAUAGGUAGAAAGUAGAUGCGGAACAUUGACUGGAACGACGUGAAGCUCGACGUUUGAAUAAUGUUCUCCUAUACUCUCUUCUGCACACCAAACGACUAAAUCAAAUGUGAAAUUGCUCCUCAACCGGUCGAUAGAAAUAAAAAAUUUCAGCGCCGAAAAGUAUUUAAACUAAAAUGUCGUCUGUUUAUGAUGGGCCAAUCGAUAUAAGUAAAAAUUCUAUCUCCAUAUUGAUUAUCAGAGGCUUUCUUUACUUCAUUAAAAUAUCAGGUAUGAUGAAGAUGAGAUAUCAUCGCUGUGCGUUUAUCAGUAAAUAGGUUAGAUAAACAAAAAAAAUCGCAUUUAUGAAAACAAAACUAUCACGAAUUAUUCGGACGAUAUGUUACAGUUUAAAAAAUCAAAAGUGGGUAGGGAUUUCACUCCCAAAAAUAACGGCAAUAUAAAACUUUAAAGCCGCCAAUUAUUUCUCAAAUGUUCUAAAAAACAAAUUCCGAAAAAAAGUUAACAUUUUCCGAUGUAAUAAGUGAACGUUAUGUUGAUCACUCUAUAAAAUAUAUAUUGAAAAUAUUCGAAAAUAUCGUAAUUUAAAGAGAAUGCCGAUAUUUUAUUUCUUUGGCCAGCCUUAGGUUUUAGACCAGAUUAACAUUAGCGACGUGAUUGACGAUGCACGACGAGCUAUUUGUAUUUUCACCGGUGAUUUUUAAAAUUUUAUCAAACCAAAUUAGGUUUUCAUCUGCCAAUAUAUUUCAUCGACGAGUAUAAUUCAACGAACGACAUACCCACGGUUGUUAGAAAAUCCCGUGUUAUGAAAUAAUUUUGAAAUUAAAAAGAAAAACUAAAAUCAAAUCCGUUUAUAAUAUUAUAUGAAUUAGUUGUAUGUGACUGGGAGUCAAGCAAAAUUAUGGAUUAGUUUCUUCAUACAUAAUUUAUGUUAAUAAAAAAAAGCUGAUACUGGGGACGGGUGUGGCCAUUGUUGCAGGUAAGAAGUUGGGGAGGUAGGAUACAUAAGGGUAUUUUAUUUUAUUUAUAUCUGUAAGCAACGAUAAACCAUUGCUAACGAAAGACGAUUCCAAGCUCAGUUCGGUAAUACAGAAUUUUAAGUGCCGAAAUUUUUUUCAACCUAACCUUCCUACGUUUUUUUCUGAUUAUUAUGAAAACUAAUUCGAAAAUCGUUUUUAUUUUAAAUGCUAUUUCGAAAAUCAAAAAAUGGCCUAUGUAUUUACCAAGUAGAUAAAAUUAACUUUCAGAAUAGGUAUUACACUUAUACAUCGGAGCAAGUUUUUAGAUAGAUGUGUUCUACAGUAUAAAAAAAAAACCAUUUACUAUUGUAAAAAAAAACUAAAAAAGAAAAAAAGUCAUCCGAUGAUUUUGGAAAUUUUACCAUAUCUAGAUAAGUUCAAUAUAAUCAUUAUUGCCAAGUUUCAUGUCACUACGUGUAUUUAUAACUGAUUUACAGCAAAAAAACUCCCAAACAUUAAAAUUCCUUAAAAGCUCAAAAGUUUUGGUGAUGAUACCAUAAAAAAGUAAAUCAAAAAGUCAACAAAAAAGGUAUUGUGUGAUUUUUCAAUCAAAUAAUUUUUUUUUGGUAGAAAACGUCGUCCAGGUUUUCUAAAAAUCGAAAGAAUAAAAUAUUGUACAUAUACAUACAUAAGUUUACGGUUUACAAUAAGUAAAUUGUGUGAUCAAAUCUAUAGAAAGUACACACAAAUAAUAAAUAUUAAAUAAUUAUCAUUUGCAUUUGAAGGAUACGGGAAAAAAACCAGAAAGGUCACUUUUUUCAAUCUACGAAAAACAUGCUUUUAAUUUUAAAACGCAUUUUUUUUUUUUUUUACUAAGUAAAAAGUUUAGAUUAAAUAAAAUGUAGUAACCACCUCAUAUUAAUUUCAUAUUAUAUUAUUAACUAUGGCUAUAAUAUCCGUGUAUUAACUCAACACUUGUCUGGUUAUCAGUUGACUUACCUGUUUUUUUUUCGUGUAGGCCGAAACUUCUGGUGCUCCUUACUUUCAACUAAUCUGAUUUUUUUGCCUGUUCGAUCGCACAUGAGAUAUAACAUAAAUUGUUUGAUACCAAUAUCGCCAUUUUGGAAAAAAACAAAUGACUUUUCUGGUGUAUUCCCUGUGCCCUUCACUUGUUGGUAUGGUCGCUAAUAAUAAUAAUAAUUAUUAUUAAUAAUAUUGUAUUAAAUUUGUGACUUGUGGCACUCGCACGAGCCAUAAACUCCAGACACAAUUCUAUAUGAGAGUUGGCGCACUCACUAUUAUAACAUGACGUAGGCGUCAAAUACCACUCGGUCAUAAUAUCUUUGGUGGCAAAUUUAAGGAGGCAGGGUCAAAAAUAUAUUAAUAUUACGCAUUUAAAUCGUGCGUAAAUGCGUAAUAUUAUAAUUGACAGUUUAUAUACAAAAACAAGAAGGAAAACUAUGCAGUGAUGAAACAAAUAAAAUACUAGUUUUAUCCUUGUAUUAUGAUGUCAUGCAUCGCUCGGAUAUACCUACUUUUAAUAUAAGGACCAGAAAUGUCGACUAUACACAACUUCCAUUAAAUAAUAAUAGUAUGUGCGUUGUUUUUUUUACAGAUCUCGAUCUAAACUCCACAAACAUGCUGGACGUGUACCGAUCGGACUCGCAAAAGUCCGACUCAUCGACGAGGCCCAGAGUGUCAUUCAACCGGGACGUACGAAUCAAGAAAAUCGGUAAACCUACGCAAUAACACACUUAUUAACAUAUUUUAAGAAUAGUUAGCACUGAUGCCCGCAUGAAGCCGAAAACAACAAUGUAUUUUUUCAAACCAAAAAUAUCUACUGAACUAAAAUAUAAUUGUCUAUAAAAAAAAUAAAUCUAGUACCUAAUUAUAAUAUCAACAAGAAUGUUGAUAAUUAUAAAUAUUAUUAUACACGAUUUUUUACGAGAAUACAAAAAUCUACUUUUGCUUAAAAAUCGAGUUUCUAACUUGAUGAUUAUUUCUAUACGUUUAGUUUAUAGACACUUGGUUAUAAACUCAACGUACUUUAGCCAUGAAGGAAAACAUACAAAUAUAUACAAAUAACGUGUGGUAAUUUAAUCUACGCACAUUGGAAUACCUUAUUUUUGAACUUAGAUAUUCGGUGUAAACGAAUUCUGCAGCGAAAAAUCGACGAAUUUUUAAGGACCGUGUCCUGCGUUUAAAAGAACCCAAAAUGAUUGUUUCAACCCCAUUCGUUUUACUAUUGUUCGUUGGAUUCACCCAGGCAUGUACACAAAAAAAAAAAAAUUCGUGGAUUCAUAAAAAAUUUACAAUAAUCAAUAUUUAUAAGAAAAUAUUAAAUGUAUAUAAAUAAAUUACACAACUAUUAAUUUUCAGGGGAGGGGGGGGUUAAACACCAAUUUCUCCCACCUGUAUACUUUCCUGGUUUUACCACAUAUUAUACCUAUUAAUAUUUUAAUUAAUAUAUUAAGGAAUUUGUUUUCUUAUACCUAUUAUCUAAUCGCUUCUAGAUAAAGAUUCCGUCGGGACUAGUUGUAAUCGUUUUGGUUUGCAUAGUUUACAUAUUUUAAGUGCGUAGUUUAAUGAUAAUCAGUGUAUAAAUCUAUGCAUAUUCCGUAUGUUUUUAGUGCAUAUAAUUUUGAGCCCUAAUUAUAAUAAAUGAUAAUCUUAUUACACGAUGCAAAGUCGAAUCCAUCGAAUUUUCGGUUAAAAAAAAAAAAUACUCCGAGAUGAACGGUUAAGUUAAUCGAUCGAUAUUUUCGGCAUUUGUCAUUUUCGAUAUCGGAAUCGAAAAUCAUCGAAAAAUAUAUUAUUAUACUUAUUGUAUAUGUUUACCGCUCUCACUGUGCUACGUAGAAAACACUCGCAAUCGUAAGUCGUGACUAAACCAAACUUAAUAUUACGGAAUAAUUUAUUACAUUAUUAUCUUUUGCUGGUUCUGUUCAAACAUAGUAUAAGUACACAGUGCCGAAUUGUUCGUUUUUUGAAUCAGUGAGGCUCAUUAAUGAUAGGUAUAAUUUUUUUUUUCCUGGGUAGUGUAUAAUCAUGCCAUAAAAUGUCAUAAAUGAGUCACACUGAUUCGAAAAACGAACAAUUUGGCACUGUGUACUUACGAUGUUUUGAGCAAAACAAGCAAAAUUAAAAAUGCAUAAUUACUUUUCAUAUUAAUAACAUAUUGAUAACAAAAUGUCAGUUACGAAAAUAUUUUAACGGUAGUAGACAGUAGUAGUUAUUAAAGUUAUUAUAAAAAUAAUUAUUUUUUGAACGAGAAAAAAAUUUGGAAUAUUAUUCAUUAUUUUGAGACGUCAUUUUUUAUACUCCUCACAGAACCUUGAAGCAAAAAUUAUAUAUUAUACACUUAAACAAAACGCAUACGAUUGCAAUAUACGUAUAAGUAUUAUUGGUGGUACCCAUAGUCGUCGAGGGUGAAAACUUAUAUUAUGACGUAGCAUGAUUUCUAAAAGUAAAGUAUGUUGCAUAAAGUUUAAUUGGGUAGUUUAUUCAAAAUCAUGACCGUAAUAAAUCGCAUUAUUAUUUUUUUCCACGAGGCCAUUUAAUACCAUUCCGACAAACACUUAACUCUCUCUGUUCAUCUCGGCCGUUUUCCAAUCAGCUCCAAAUCUUACAAUUUUUCAAAAUAUUUUUGAACUUUGUCUCCGCAUCUUGGUCGUUAUAAAUGAAUUUCAUUUUCACGAUGAAUACCUUCCCGUAAUCCGGUGAAUUAGGGUACCUCUAUUUGACCGUGCGUGUCUUACGUGUCUCAUUGCAGUUUGAUUUCCUCGGUUUUUCUUAUCCUUCGUUAUCUCUAUUUUCUCCCAAAUAUUGCACUGAAAUGUUUUCGUUCAUUUUACGAACGUCCCAGAAUUUUUUUUAUAAUAUUUACAAUUUAAUUUUUUUUUUUUUUAAGGCAUUUUUUAUCAUUUUUAAUUAAUUCGUUUUUUUUUUUUUUUUUUUUUUUUUAUAACUCGACUUAUGGAAUUUGACACGCUUUACCACAAAAGUGGAAAUUUAGAACCUAACAGCGGUAAUGCGGAGGUGGUGUGCGAUCAAUGACCUACGACCAUCUACUAUUUGUGACCAAGUGGUUCUCUUUCCAAAAACAAAACAAAAUAAUCGAAAUAGGUUGUCUCUACGAGUGAGAGGUUUUCCUGUAAAAUACGGUUUUGAGCAAAAAAAAAAACAGGUCACACGCAUGCCCCUUUAAACAAUAAACAGCGAAAAUACCAAGGACAGAUGUAAAGAUAAAACGCCAUCGAUUCGUAUACGGAAGAAUACAAUGAUAAUAAAUAUUCAGUUUAUGUGUGUGUUCCGUGAAUGUGUUUAUGAAUUGUGAGUACCCGUAAUGGAAACAAUAGAGUAUUUUUAACUGAGGUUAUUGCGAAAAUAUAAAACUUAUUACGACUAAAUUGUCGCGUGUGUAUGCGAAUAUGUAAAAAGUCAUAUCGCCAGUAAAACACGUGGGCUUUGAUUGAUUGCUGAUUUUGUAAAACAAAAAAAAACAAAAACUCAAGAAAUCGAUAUUUAUAAUAUAAUAUAAACAAGUGAUCAUUAUACAAUUUAAAAUUGGGUAUAAAUCCACGUUCAAAAAAAAAUAUUUAAAGCGUAAAUAAUGUGCCCGCAAUACUAUAUGAAUGGUAGGUUAGAUUGAUAAUUAUAUAAAGCGUGAUUCUUUAAGUUUUUAUCUAUUCAUGAUAAUAUCUGCCAAUUUGUUUACGUGAAUAUUUAUAAAAUACAAACAAAAUAGAGUUACAUAAAAUAUUUAGGUAGCAAAAACAAAAAUUAUAACGGUUAUAUGCAUAUUGCAUCGUAGAACUUUUAACCAACUACUGUUAAAAAAAUCAAAUCAAAAAAUAAAUCAUAAUUAUUAAAAUUAAUAAGUGCGUGAUUCUAAAACUAAAUAAGCUGCGUUAAUGCGUUAUCAUAAUAUUAGUUCGGUGUAAGGGAAUGGAAAUUGAAAGUUGAGACCUCAGGUUAUAUGGACAAUACUGAAUUUAAAUUGUUUUCUCAUGAGCAAUUACUAUAACAAUUAGUAUUUACAAUUAUUACGAUCGAUUUAUUACCCUUCGAUACUCCUCCGCCAUAACUCACAAACGGUAAAUUCAAUAUUAGUUUUAUGCAAUUCCAUAACGAUUGAAAAAACAGAAAUUGAAUUUACCAACAACCCUCCAAGAUCAUGACAAAAAUUCACCCUGUAUGUAAUGUUUGUAUGAAUUUCAAAAUUAAUAUUUCAUUUUUCUUAUGAAUGAUUAUUACAAUGAUGAUAUUGCCUCCGAGAGUAUGUACUUAUUACAUUACAUAACCUUCAUAAAAAAAAUAAUAUUGUAUUUGAAAUGAUUGUGAGAACACGAGAAAAGUAACUGUUGUAUGUAGCUACAACGUGUAAGUAUAAUUUAUUAAAUGUCUAAUUUAAAUACAUACAUAAACGUAAUAUUAUUUAUUUUUGUACACCGAAAGGUGAGAACGGUUAUUAUACAGUACAAAUUAAAAGCCUGCAUUAUAAUAGAAACAAAAGAUCAGAGGUCUAUAUAUUUUGAAGGUUGAAAAUAAACGAAUACAUUUCGAGCUUAUAAGCUCGAAAUAUUUUCGAAAAUUUUCAUAUUAAAAUAUGAAAAAAAGACAUACGUUUAUCGAUUUGUCAACAGAUUACGGAAGAAGGUUGUGAGAAAUGGGAUCGACCAAUGUCAUACCCACGCAUAGUUUAUUCUAUAGAAUAUUUGUUGACCUGUAACCGGGAGUUAUGUUUUCCGGGAGUUUGUAACCGCAAAAUAUUUUCGAACGAAUUAUACAAGUUCCGUGUAUUUUCAUAUAAUACCUACCUACUUCGAUCCAAUCAAAUCUCAAAUAAAAACUUAACAAAAUGUAACCUUAAAAUUCGAACUUUAGACGUGUAUGUCGUCAUAAUUCUGUAUUUAUAAAUAUAGUUUGAAUCAACUAGAACUAUUUUAAAAGACGUGUACCAAUUUUAUAAGACAUUUAAUAAUAGUAUUUAACCAGAGAAUUAUAUCCGCAUUGUGAAUUUCACGAAAUGGUAAACUUUUUAAUGGACAAUAAAUUAUUGAGCUGUCUAGCCGAAUUUAAAAUACUAUACAUUAAUAUUAAUAGGAUUUCGCGAAUAAUAAUUAUUUAAAACUCUAAUGGAUAGGUAGGUUGUAGUUUCGCCCACUGUGAAAUAACUAAAAGCCGGUAAUUUCAACCACAAUAGGUAUUCGGGAUUUACGUAAGCUUUAUUUAUUCAAAACUUUGAAUAUAUUUUUAAAAGUUAAAUAUAAUAUAAAAAAUGUUUAUCAAACAUUUUCCUGGGACUUUUGCCCAAGACAUAAUAUUUUACAGUUCAAACUUCAAAGUAAUUCACGAGAAUUCACCUUCCGGUCACCGCCCACGUAACUUUCAACUUACCGCAUAUAUUAUUUGUACCUACUGAAUUAAUUACCGUUUUUAUCGCGUUUCUCAUUGUUACCCGAGGAUACCCGUAAAAUAUACAUUAUUAUAAUAUUCUAAAAUGUUAGAUUGGCAAUAAAGAAAAACAAUUGUUUUUUUUUUUUUUCUUAAAAUGUUGAUUUGAUAGUGAAAAUUAGACUCGCAUAAUAUUUUUUAACGGAAAACAUUAUCCUGAAAAACGCAAUAAAAUACAAUCUUUAUGCGAUCUGUCAUAUUGUUGACACUGUUCAGACCGUAAUGUAAUCUAAUACAAAAAUUGAAUGUCUGUUCGCUAUGCAAAUUUACAGUUUUAUUCAAAUCUUGGUAAAACUUUGCACGCUAGACAAUUUAACCCUUAAAAAAGGCUCACACUUGACUUCAGUAUUUUAAUAUUACGAGAGGAUUAAACUUUUGGGGUUGAUUUCUGGGUUACAGUGAUGCUGUGGAUGAAAUUUUUAAAAAAAAUCAAAUCAUUAUUAUUUAAUUUGGUUAUCACAGACAUAAAAGGACCUUUUAUUAAAGAUAUAAAAACAACAUUUUUCCAUCAGGCAAAAACGAUUAACCAUAAUAGGAUAAGUCCUGGAAACAGGUAUCGAGAAAUUCAGAUAGAAUAUUAUAUAAUGUUGUAAUUAGAGGGAUGAAAAAUACUUCAGGAAUUAGAAUACAUCUUUAUUUAUACUAUUUUGGGUGUAUACUUACACUAUUACGUGACCGUAUACCUCCUAAUCCAUAUAAUUGCGAUAUUUUGAAAUGUAGGUAACUCGGACGCAGCAAGUAUUGUGGAAGCUUUAGCCGGUGAUGGCGAAGGACACUUGGUGCCAACUCCGGUGCGCCGGGAAAAGAUCAAAUCGUCGAAACGGGAGCUCGCGUUGGAAGCGGACCGCGUCCUCAAACAAGCGGACAGCGUGGCCUCGUUGCACUCGGCCUCGCCGCCGAGAAGACAACAGAGGAGUAAACCAGACAGUGAAGGAUCGUCCCUGCAACGGAAAACCAGUUUCGGAGGGACCGACUCGAAAAAAUGGAAUUCCGAAGGUAAAAUCACUGCAUUAGUCAUUAAUACCCAUUAGUAAUGAAUCAUUACUCAAGGUUCGGGACUUUAAAUUCAAAUGCACAAAAAAGAACUUAAAAACAUAAAAAAAAUGUAUGGAAAAAAAACUUAAAAAUCAAAAACGGUACAGGAGUUUAAAAGUCCUCCCCCCAAAAAUAAAGGAUAUUUUUUUUUUAAAUGUUGCUAUAUAUAUAUAUUAUGUAACACUUAUAUCAGAUUUACCGUUUAUGAGUUAUAACUUACCUACUAGGGUUUGGAACUUCUAGUAUUUGCAUAUUAUUUUUGAAAAAUAACAGAAUCAAACACAAAUACUGAUCAUCGUGUGGAAGGAAUCUAAAUCCUAAAAUUUAAAAAAUAUAUAAUAUUAUUGUAGCUGUAUAAUGCAGUAUAAUAGAUAGGUAUUAUUGUUAAAAAAAAAAAAUAGAAAUAUAUUGAACCAUACUACAGAAUCACCCUGUACCAGGUUAUUUUGUAUAUUUAUUAUCACAUUUUAUUAACUAGGGAGCGGGUCUAAUUAGAAUACAAAUAAUUUUGUUGGUAUUAGUAUUGUUACUUGUUCAAGGAUUACUGAAAUUUAAAUAAUAUGAAAAUAUAUUUUCUCCCUAAUUGAUAAAAAAUUAAUUUUCAUAAAGUUAAAAAUUUAAAUAAAGUUUAUAAUGGUUUUUAUAGAUAAGUGUACGGGUGUAAUACGUAAAUCAUUUUAUUUAAAUGAACAAAAAUGAAGUAAAAUUAUAUGGACUACUUUUUCAACGCUAUGGGUAUAAAAUACGAGUAUAAAUAAUAGUUUCAAAAGUUUUUCAUUAUAAAUUUACGCCUUAAAAAUAAUAAUAAUCAUAACGACUACCGCAGAGAUAAAACAUUGGUGUAGUGGUGAACGUGUCAAAGUUUUGAACAAUCGAACACAGGAGUCCGGGGGGGGGGGGGAAGGAUUCAAAUUUUAAAGAAUAAAAUUGAUUUAUAGCAAAACAAAAUCAAAUAUGAAAGGGUAGAUUGCAAUAUGCAUAACUAGGGGGGAGUGGGGGUCUUUAGUACCCUUUAGUUUAAAAACCCCACUAAGCUUUUUUAUAGUAAUAACUAAAUAUUUUAUCCAUGCGUUCCAUAAUUAAUGCACAAAACAAAAUAAAGAUUUAUCUGUACAGACAAUACAUAUAAUAUGUAAAAUAAUGUUAAAAUAGUUAUUUGUAAAAAUUGUUAAUAGUAAAAUUUGUGGAAACAAAAUCGUAAAUGAAAUUUAUAGUUGCUUAUUGUAAGAGUCGUGUAAAGGGCAUUGUGAGGGUAUAGCCGGAUAGCCCCGUGGGUCUUUGAUUUUCCAUAAUUGUAGCACCCCCAAAGUGAGUGUAGUCUAGUUGCGCCUGCGAUUGAUAACAUUGACUUUUGAAGAUAACCACAAACUUUAUAUCAACCUUAUAAGAGCAAACAAUAUCGUUAUCGUCGUUUGUGGUGUUAAACAUAAAAAUAAAUAACUUCUGAUAGGUUUGCCACUGUUAUAUGUAGGAAGUAAGAAAAAUAGGAUAUUUACGCAAAGUUAUUUAAUUUAUAUCAGUACCCAACGAUAAAUGAUUGCUGACGCGAAAUACCGUUCUGAAUGAAGUUCGGUUAAAUGUUUUGAAAUGCCGUGAUUUUUACGAUUUUCGUCAAAAUUUAAACUUAAAAUGAUUAUUGAAAAAAAUUACUAAAUUACGCUAAACUUUAAUAUGUUAACAUGAAAUACAAAUAGAUACAUCCCUAGCUGCGCUCAGAAUAUAAAAAAGUACUAGACAAUUAAAUGACCACUCGUCAUAGAAUCGAUUGUACCGGGGAAAGAUAAUAGUUUCCGUGAAGCUUUGAAAAAAUCAACAAAUGUAAAUGUAUUGCUAAAACACGUCGUUUAUGGAAUUUUUAAUGUAGGUUGGUAUUUCAUAAAUCAAAAACUGGUCAAUGUUUCGACUAAUGACAACAAAUAACAGUAACGUAAACUUUUGAAAAAAAAUAAAUACUUUUGAGAUAACAGGUCAAUGAUGAGUGUCUCAUGACUAGAGUUCGGAUUUAAAUGCCCUUAAACUAUCAAAACACCGCCUUUUAAAUAAAUUAAACAGACUAAAAUCGUCGGACAAUUGGCCACACGCACCACCGAUAUAAUAUUAGCGCUCGAUAAGAAAAUACUACGAUAAAAAUUACCUGGUCUAAUUUAAAACCAGAUUACCUGAUGUUAUAUUGCUCAAGAUGAAAAUGAUUUAUAUUACACAACACUAUGUUUAUAUUUCAACGAAGUCGAUUUUUUUUUUUUUUUUUUAGUCAUAAUACGAGAAAUGCGUUAAAAACGUCAAAAAAUGUCCCGAAAAUUGUUUACAGUCACUACUUGAAAUACACUUGCAAGUUUGGCAAGCAUCGUGUAAGAUAUUCCCGAAAAAAAAAAAAAAAAAAAAAAAUACAAAUACAUUGAAAUCCGAGACCUGCUCUUACGACGCGUAAUUAUGUUUUCCGUGCGUCUGCAACGGAACCUCGCGGCGCCUCGGUAAUAAAAACGCGGGUGGCGGGUGCGCGUUUUUUUUUUUCGUAGCGCGCAUUUGGGAUUUCGUAGUGCUGCACGAAAGUGAGUGCACGCGAAAAUAACCGCUGAUAAUCGCGAUAAUUACAAUCACUGUCCGGCGUCGGGUUUUGCAAAUAGUAGUAGUAAAAAAAAAAAAAAAAACUAACUGCUCGAUUCUCGUUAUUUCUUCAAUGCCGAACGCGCACGAUUGUAUUUCUGUGAAAUUUAAAAACGUGUCAUUAUAUUAUUUACGGUCAUAACAAUACACAAAUCUAUUCUGAAAAUUAUUCACGGUCGGGAAAAAAAAAGCCUCGUCAGUAAUAGCGUAUUGCGCGUUUGAAGGCUUUUUACAACCCGUCCGUUCGUGUUUAACUUAUCGUAUUUGAAUAACAGUAGUAACAGCGGAAUUGUGGUGUGUUUGACGCAGGUAAACUUUCGUCGUACAUGUCGUUGGACAGACCGAAGAACAGGAUCAGGAAGAGGGAACAGCUGCCGUGGGGAGAACAACGACACGGCGGCCAACAAUAUCGGUCGUCCGCAGAUCUGUCGGCGGCCGCGACCGUGACGCCACCGAAAAGGCGGUCUGCGUCUGGCGGCGGCAAGUUGACGAGAAGCGUAAGCGACGCCGGCGACCGGAACAAACCGUUGGCCGCCAACGGCAAAGAUGCGAAACGUUCGAUAUCGCUAUUCGGCACCAUCGAGCGGAUUAAGACGAAAAUCAGAAAGCGCCCGACAGUGGCGACGGCCGUGGAAACCGACCCGGGCGCAAGGAAGACGACGAUGACGUCCGCAAUGGAACGAUCGGCCGAACCGGUCACCGUGGAAUCGGCCCCAUCGCCGCCCCCGGCACCGGUCCGCGCCAAAAAGCAACUGUCGCCCAUCAUCGAGUCGUCUCCGCGGGACGAAUACUUUAAGUAUACGGUCGGCGGUCCGUUUGGCAACGGUCACGGCUCGCCGCCGCGUCCCGUCCGCGGCCACAAGGUCGACCGAAUCGUCCGGCAACUACAACAUCAGCAGCAGCACCAGCAACAACAACAAUCAGCGGCGACGGCCGAACCCGCCCGUCCGCCGUCGUCGCCGGACUCGGCCCACGCUCACAACGGAAACGAACCAUUCUCAUACACGGCCACAACGCCGACGCCCACUAUCGUUCACCUACUGGACGUGGACCGAACGCCGCCGCCGCGACAGUAUCGCUCGGCUGCCGGCAUGGACGACACGUGGACGUCGUACGACGAUCUGAGCCACAGGCGAGACGCGCUGGAAUCGAGGCUACAGAAACGGGCGGCUGCAGUGAGGCCACCCAGAGCGGCGACCAGUAGCAACACCGCAAGAACGUCUACGACGCGCACGCGGUCGGCAACUUUGAUUGCUCCGGGCCCGGCCGUGACGUCUCCGGAUACUUACGCUACCGUGUACAAAAAGAACGAGACGUUAGGCGGUGGCGACAGGUACUUUGAACGGAAAAUCGUCACCGAACACCGUUUUGCCCGCAGGACACCCAGGCUGUCGGGCGAUGGCGAAGAUGGCGACAAACGCGAUGAACGCGACCGUGACGACCACGGCGAACGAGGAGAACGCGAGAGCGAUGAACAGUACGACGAACGCGACCACAGCGGCCGCGACCACGGUGGACGCGACUACGGCGGACGAGACCAUAACGAACACAACGAACGUAGAAGAUCGCGAUCCGCCGGCAGGCCCACAAUCGUGUCCCGGAACGAAGUGCCCGUGCUCAACUCGGCCCGUUCCGAAAAACCUGCAAAAAAACGUUCCAGGUUGGACAAGUUCAAAAUGCUGUUCACCGGCGGCGGUUCGUCGUCCGCGUCCAAGGAGAACAAACGGCCGGCGUCCGCCAAAACGCAGUACAAUUCGUCCGAUCCUGAGUCGUACACGUCGUCGCUGCGCAAGAGAUACAACGUGUUCUCGGGAAACGAAAACGUGAGUACUAAAAUAGUUAAAAUAUGAUAAAAUAAUAGGAUAACCGGUAUAGAUACUUAACAUUACGAGGGCUUCGAUGGAAAUAAUAUUUUUGUACCGGUAACGGAUCGACGGGAUAACGGUGUUCCCGAUCGACCGCAUAACAGGGCGGUUAUCCGUGGUAUAUUCAAUCAUAAAAAGAAAACAAAAAUAGUUAUCGGCUCGUAAAUUAAAUUAGCGUGGCUAUUAAUUAUUCGUGAAAUAUUUUUUCACUAUAACGUACUAUUAUCGUAUGUUGCGUUAAAAUCCAAUUUCCAUUGAUAACCGCGAUAAAACAACAAUCCGCUCGCGUAAUAUUUUAUAUAAUUAGACUUUUUGUGCCGGCGGUGGUCUCGAUGGUGGGAAAGGGGGUGCCGGGGCGAUCGCCUUCCUUGGAUUCUUUUUGUUUUUUUUUUUUUUUUUGUAACGCACACGGUUGUUCGGCGAGAAAGGAAUUAUUUUAUUUCACUAGGUAUACGAUUAAAACGACGUAUAGCCACGUUUAAAUCGUGUUCGAUUAUGUCCGACCAGCCCGAUAAUUAUUACGAUCGCCGGACACCGUACCGUACGCGGCCGCCACUGAUCCGUGUCCACUGAUCCGUAAUCAGCUAAUCAGUGUGUAAUACGCGUCGUGCGAAAAACUCCCUCGACAAUGUUACGCUUUUUGAACGACUGUGCGGUAGUGCACGUUAUUGGUUCUGUUCGUAUAUACGAUUCCGUUCGUGUAAUGCAAAGUACGGUGUAGAAAUAUAAUUUGAAAAAAAAUCGCCGUCAAAUCGAGACGCCUACGCACACAGUCACACAUAUACUUCGUCGUAAAUUUUAUUUCAAAAACAAAAAAAUAAUAUACGUUUCGCGGGGUGUGAGAACUCCCACAUUACAGAAUCGUAUAGUUUCAACAACGCCGAAAAGCGGUUUUCGACUAAGCUGCAGGACUUCGGUACCCCAGUUGUAUACAGCAUAAUAAUAUCUGUAACCGCACGCACGAAUAUGUUGUUCAGCGUGAAAUUCGACAAUAUUUCACAAGACAUAAUAUUGACAAUAUAUUAUUAUUACAUUAAAGGCGAUCGUAUUAUAAUAAUAUUAUGUAACGUCCACUAGGUUACUGUGUCGCAAUUUGACAAUUAUUUUAACGAUCAAUAUGUAUAAACAAAACAAUAAUGAUAAUCGACACGAAUAACAACGAAAAAAAAUACCACAUCUAAAAAAGGCCAACAUAAGUAUUCCGCGAAAAUUUCAGGCCUUUACGAUUAUUUUCAACCGAGUUACAACAGAAAAAACAAAAUCGAAAAUAGUGAAAUCGUUAACGCCGUAAACUAUUUCUGGUAGAAAAGUCGUUUACAAACAGAAAAAAUUUAAAAAAUCCAAAACAUUGAGUACCAUUUCAUUUCUAUAUGCUUACAAUUGGGGAAAAAUAUUGAUAACCCUCGUCGGUCUGUAUACUAAAAGUCAAUAUUUUCACCGAUAACGCGCUAAAAAUAAAUGUUUUAAUCACAUUGAAUUUGAUGUCCUCAAAUGUCUUCUUGAUAAACAAUAUUUUUUUAACGCAGUACCUGUGGCAUUGAUCACGUCAUCGUUAUUAAGUUACGUCGUAUUUAUCGUGGUUUUUUUUUUUUGUAUUUUUUCAAAUUGCGUACAUAUACAUUUACACUUUAAUAUAUGUAUAAAAUGACUCAUAUAAACGUAGUGUGUCCGGUUGCCGUUUACAGUAAUGCGCUGACGCUGACCGUACAGUAAAUAAUUAGGUAUCGGUUAAAAAGUUUUUACUCGAGUACAAGAAUUAAGAGUGAAUGAUACCCUCAGCCCACAGGUAAAAACUGCUAGCCUAUUAAUCCUAAGCGUACCACUUAGAAAAAAAAAAAAAUUACUUGACAAAUUAGACGAGUUACUUCCAAUGCGGGCCUGCGUCCUCUCCUCCUUAAAUCGAGCACUGAGCGACUUGGGUUUGGUCGCACAUGUAUAGACGAGUUUCGGAGUUUUGUGUAGAUUAUGCCGUUUAUCGCAAUAUAAUAUUAAGACAAAUGAGUUCCUCCUAUUUUGUAUAGUACCUGCUUAUACGUGAUGGCUAACCUACGGCCAAAACGUACCCUAUGGUAUAGUCAAAUUACACUUGUUACCUAAAUCAAAUGGUCGAAUGCACUCGGAUCAAAAACAAGUAACGGUCGAACUGCACUUGCGUCAAAAAAAGUUUGAAAAUACUAAUUUCCCUUAUCUCACUUACAAGGCUUAUUAUGACGAUGAUUUUAAUCAUUGGCGCGGUUACAAAUUAGUUAUUUUAAUAAAUAUAUAUAUACAUAAUUAAAAAGCGUUAUUUGAAGUUUUCAAAUUUUGAAAUUAUUAAUUUUUUUUUUUUUAAUUACAAGAGACUGAAUUUAAAAACUCUAUUCUGAUAAUUGAUUUUUGAAAGUAGGUAUAAGAUAUAUUUUUUUAAAUUAAUAAAUAAUAAACGGGAAGAAAAAUUAUUGCUUUCGAAAUUUUUAAAUCAAAUUUAUUUUUUCAAAAAUUCGUGGUACCUUUCUUGACCAGAAUUCGAACAUUGCUCGUUUUUGAUCCGAGUGUAGUUCGAACAAAACUUUUUUUUUCAACCCAAGUGCGAUUUGACUAAAAUAAGUGCAAUGCGACUUCGACCCUAUCGUGUAAUGUUUCGAGGAAACAUUGAACAUUAUACUUAUAAGUGAAACGAGAACAUUUCUUAAAAUACGCGCAGUGCUCUUUGACGAUUGGGCGAAAAAUGUGUUUUUUGACCGGGUUUCGUUCUACGCCUACGUUUUCGGUUAAUGUAGUUUCUCCCUCUCGUUACCAUAAUUUCAAUUGGUCACGUUUUCGCGGUAACCACUACAAUAUGAUAUUCCUAAUACAUUUAAAAACAAUAUAUCCGUACAAAUUAGAAUAUUCUUAUCGGAAACAAUAGGAGGCGGUUUUUCGAAAAAGUCGGAUAUUUUGCAAGUAUGCGGUCGGACAAUAACUAAUAAAUAAUUUGACACCGUGCCUAUGUAUGAACGAAGGCGUGUCCACGAUAGCGUCAAAAUGUAUUCAUUUUUUUUUUUUCAUUUUUUAUUGGAAUAAAACGUAAACUAUGAUUUAUUUAUGAUUUAAGUAAUAUAUCGACCAAAUCGUAUUGAAUAGUUCCUAUUACAAUAAUUUAACAUUUAACACUUAAUAUAAUUUGAAGACAUACAAUUUUGUGUGUGUGUAAACUCUUUUAAUACCGGUAUCAAGCUCCGAACUUAAAUGUGUAUAUCCGAUCGACUGAUGUUAUAAUAUAUUAAGUACAAAUUGUUCAUUGGUAGAAAAACAACAAACAAUCAAGACGAAAUAAAUAUUGACGACCACUGACGUUUAAAAUUUAAAUAACGCAAAAAUGUAUCGAUUUCGUCCGAACGCCGAUUGGCGGUGCCCCGCGUACGUACAGUUUCCUCCGGAAAAUUACGAAACGUCAGCUCCUCCUCGCUAUGCACAACACAUUACGAUGGACACGGUUAAAACCUUGUCGCCAACACGCGUUUUUAUCAUUAUUAUUACUGUUGUACUCGCCGAAACCAUUCGUUCAUACCUCAACAAUAUAAUAUACAGUGUCGGUAAUUAACGAAUUAUCUAUAUGCAUAGGGUAAGCGGGGGAGGGGGGCAGCUGCCCCUCUUGCGGGCUAAAUUUUCUUUCCAAAAACUGUGAAACUUUAAUUAUUGUAUUAAACUUGUAAUUAAACUUGCAAUGACAAUAUGUAAAAUUAAAAUACUUUCAUCGCUAAUGUUAAAUGAACUAACUAAUAACCAAAAUAAUAUUCGAUUAUAUUGCAUAAAAUAUAUAAAAAUACAUACUCUGUCUCCCCUGCCAGCAAGGUCUGCGCACGCCUAUACUUUAUACAUUAUGUGCGUUAAAAUAUAUUCUAUAAUAGUGAACUUUACCGUAUUGAGAGAAACGGGACGAUUAAAACACCGAUCACCGGUAUUCAAAUAAUUAUGAUUAAACUACGCGGUAUACACGCAUCAUAAUAUUUCAUAGUAUCGGUUUUUCUUUUUCACUUAAUUUAUACUCCCGCAAAGCUUUUGGUCAGUGUAGAAUUUCAUUUCUCGGGUUUGUACGCGCGGUGGCGAUAAAAUAGUAUAAUAUUGUCCGGUAUAUUAUUGAAACAUUUAAAUCGCAUUUGUUAUCCGAACGUCUGAUUAAUAACAGGAUUGUGUAUCGCGAUAUUAUUUUUUCUUAGUGCAACGCAUACGCAAAUGAGCACUGCGGCAACUCGGACCGAGUUUUCUUCGACCGGUCCGACCGAUGUACGUAAUGAAAGGUAUGUAUACGAAUUCUAAAAACAGAUUGGAAAUCAACGGGAAGAAGAUCGGUCAGAGGGUACUUUUUUCCUAUUUAACUUAGAUAUUUAUUUUUUUUUUCACGUACAUUUUAAAAUUUAAUCAAAAACCAAAAUUCGAAAAAAUGCCCCAACCUGUGUAAACUUCACGCUGAAUUCAAUUCAGAAUCCCGAUCGCUUCGUUCCAUCGAUCGGACCGAUUAAAAGAAAACCGGUAUACAUUUCUACUAUACCGACAGUAGCUCCUUGUUAUACCCGUUCACAUAAUGUGCAUUAUACCGCCGCGGAUUAUGCACUCGAUUCGAAUCAUAUAAAUUGCGAAUUUAAAAAAAAAAGUAAUAAUAAUAAUAAAUCCGCGUCCGGUAACAAUAAAUCAUUACUACCUAUCACAAGCAAUUUCCCCCCUCUCCACACAUACACACACACACACACACUGUAAGCGCUUAUUUGAAUAAUUGUAUUGUUGGCAAAACUCGUAAUCCUAUCAGAAAUUAUUGACACAUCGACACGUCGCAAAUACUUUAGUAUCACUGCAAUUUAUGUACUCGUAAUUCGUAUUGUACACGAGAGAUUACCGAAAAACAAAUAAUGAUUUCGUUUUCGAUAAGUUAUCAAACCUUGUGUUAGUUUGUUUUCGACCGCAUACGCGCCGCUAUUAAUCUUUUAAACGCGUUAUAUCCUUUAAAACGCCACGCGUUUCUGCGGUCUCGACGACCUCGCUGCGGUCGUGUGCGCAUAAUAUAGGAUAUCUAAACCUAGUGGUCGGUGGUCACUGUGUUUGUUCGUAUAGUGUUCGCUGUCUGCUUAACAGAGCCGACUUUAUACUGAAUUUGCUAAAAAUGAACAAUGAACUGGAAUAUUGAAUAGUGAUGAUUUUAAGGUAAAACAAAAAUAAUUGCAAUAAAGAUAAUUAUAAUAUAUAGUUAGAAACUUGAGUAUUUUUUAAAAAAAAGCCAGGGUUACAAACCAUCACCGGUAAUUAAAAACGUUUCAUCUAACAAAAUAAAAAUAUUAUGGUUUUAUAUUUACAUUUUCGACGUAAACUAGCUGAUGAGCUCGGGAAUAAAGCUGUAUUUGAAAAAUGUUUUCGUUUUUUAUUAUUCGAUUUCUAUCCCGCCUGACUUUUGGGAGUAAGGUCUUCAUAUAGAUUGUUGACGCGGCCUUUCCGAAGUCAGUCCGACGCGGCUCGCCUGUUUGUUCACAUAAAAACGCUUAUCCAAUAAAAAAAUAUAUGUAUAAUAACACGACGUACUUGUAAUAAUUCUAUGCAAUAUUCGGUGGUUUAAUUCAUUUUUUUGCUUCUAGACAUAGAGAGAAAGCCGCGACACAAUGUUAUAAAUUACACGGUAAUUAUCGCCGCGUAGUUUUCAAAAAACAAAUCUUACGAUUUUGGUCCGUUCUCCGGCGGCGGUGGUCUCUUCCGCGCGGGUGACGGCGACGGCGGGGUGAAAGUCAUAGGUAACCGUGACUAUUCGAUUUUUACCCGUAAUUCUCGAUUACCGCACAACAACAAAAAAUAAUCGUAAGCGUUUCACAUCGGAAUCGGCGUCCCCCGUUAAACCACAACGACUUUUCGAGUAAUCAAAUGACUAUACUCAAUGGCUUUGAUCUAGUGUCUAUUAUAUUAUAUUAUCUUCUAUCAUUAUUCUAGCUUUUACAACUCUCUUAGAGUCUACCAACACAACAUCACACCAUAUAUAUAUAUAUAUAUAUAUCCGGAAUUAUCACUCUCCAUUCAUCCACUCCCGUGUUCCGUGUAUCUUCUUCGACCACGUCCGACCACAAUCUCCUAAGCCUUCCACAUGGUCUCUUACCCGGAGGUUUCCGUUCGAGUGCUGCUCCGGUACAUAGUGUCCUUCUCCUCUUAUAGCCUUUACAAUAUACGUAUUUACAAUAUACAAUAUACUAUAUUAACGUUGUAAACAAUACAGUAAAAUCAAAAUAUUUAUUUCGAGUAAGUGAUCACAGAAUAUUAGGUACCUAUCCUAACAUUACACGUUACUAACAUGCGAAAGUUUGUUCAGAUAGAUGGCCGGUGUAAUUUUAGACCAAAAAUAACACGUAGGCUACUUUUUUCAAGCUCUAAAGGUGAGGGGGAGGGGCGAUACAGGGUUGUUGGUAUUUUUAGUGUCUAUUAUUUUCUAUUGAUUUACACGUUACCUUGGUAUUACGGAAGAAACAAAAAAUCGGUUUUUUUUUUCUUUUUUAAAUUAUAUAAUACGGUAAUCCGCGUAAAGAGCCGUAAUGGUAAAGUCGUCACGACGACGCGCACUGCGACGAACAGAAAUUACCUACCGUGAUAACGGUCGGUUACUCGGCACAUUGUUGGAUCGUUAUAGUAAUUGGAUCGAAAUUUCAAUUUAAAGACGAUACGGCGUUAAAGCGCCAAAACGAGCGAACAAGUUUUUAUUAUUGUUAUUUUUUUUUUUUAUUUUUGUUUACAUAAUAAUAUUAUAUUUCCGUGCAAUACUGACGCUCGUGCGGGACAGCUAUAUUACACAGACAUAAUAUUUUAUACUAUAAAAUUUAUAGUAUCACACGCGGUCAGGUCACAUAUUAUUAUUACGCGGUUCGACAUUUUCGUAUAAGAAACGAAAAUACGAACAAUCGCCGAGCAACAGCGAGUAUUAUAACAUUAAAUUAUGCAUACGUGAAUCGCAAACACAACCGAAACCGACUGUAUACGGAUCUUUUACCGCGGGCCGCCACGCACAUUUCCGGUGUUGUGCCGCGAUUGUAACAUUCUUGUGACGGCGAAAUUCAACGACGUUUCCGGUGCGACCUGCCUACGUCCCGUACACGAAUCCACUUGUCGAUAAAAUAUUAUUACGAUAACAUUUACGUCUUGUGCGCGCCGUUCGCCCACAACCCUUUCGCGUUCGACACCGCGAAGACGGUCGGUUUUGUCCGCGGACACGAUGCUUAAUAGGCGGGCCCGCGGCCGACCGCGACACGACGCGUACCGUUAUUGUAAUGUAUACAGAGUCCGGCGCGACGACCGGUCACAAUAGUAAUGCAAUAUUAUUUUUUUAAUCGCGGACAACCCGAUAAAACAGAACGCGGCGUCACUAUACAAUCCGCGAACGCCAAAUGAAAUAGCGCUGCUGCAUGCGGACGUCUACCCCUGCCGCUGCGACCCCCGCGGAUACCUAUACUUACAGGGUCUUUGGAUUUACCUAAAAGGCGUCCCUAGGUUGAUUUGGCGAUCGCCCACCAAAUCCCCGGUCCUCUUCCUAUGCAUUUUUGCAACCCCCCCCCCUCCACCUCGCCUUGGCUACGCCUAUAGUCACUGAUUUAUACUUAGAGACACAACUUACAACUUUGGGACCGAUGCCAAUUAGUUUCGAACGAGAAAACUGAAAAAUAAUGGAGUAUUUAGUUAUAAAAUAUUGUAUUUUUUAAUUUUAUAUUUAAUUGAUAUUAUCGUAUACAAUAUGAACAAUGACUGUCGUGUAACAGACGCCUAACAUAAUGUGUUACGGUGUUUUGUUGAAAAAUCAGAAGCAUAAACGGGUAAAAGGGCGUAUUUGAAUGCAGUUUGAAUUAAGCUGAUAACGUCGACUAAAAGAUAUCUAAGCUUUUUUAAAAUAUAAUUAAAUCAACACUGAUAAUUGUUAAAAAGGCGUAUAACCACAUUCAAUGCAUGUGUACAAGGUAUAUUAUGUGUUUUGCUGUUUUUUUGCAAAGCAGUUAUUUUGCUUUCUGAAAAAAAACAAAUGAAAUCUGAUAGACGUCUUUUGUUUAACUGCAAACAUCGUGGAAUUAUUAAACAUUUUUUUAAGAGACGAUUCUGUACAAUCAUCUUAUCCGUGUCGUUUAUUUAUUGAUAAAAUUGAAUUUUCGCGGAUAAUAGUGGACAGUGUAACUCUUAGUCCGGUACUGUGAACAUUAUCGUCGAUAGGAAAUGCGUGUACGACGUGAAAUCAAACUCCGUUUUUGUGUCGGUGUCGGAUACACGUCCUGAUGACCGCUCGCGCAAGUCCCGCCGACUACCGCCGUUAUGCAAUAUACCCACACCGUCGCCGUGCAGUACGUCUUUAUUUGGACGCGGUCCGUAAUAUUAUUAUUUGUCUACCUAUAUAACGUACGCACACAUAUAAUAAUAUUAUAAUAUUAUAUGGUCAACACCCGAAAACUGGUUUGUCGCUGUAAAGCAGUGUUUCGCUAUAAUAAUAUUAUUAUAUACCUACCGGCUGUAUCCUUUCUCCCGUAUCGCGCGAUUUUUUUUUUUUAUUAUUAUUAUUUUACUGUUACAUAGGUAGCUUACUGCUCGGCGAUAAAACAAACUCAUUACAGGGGAAAAAAAAUGUAUAAUUUGAAUAAAAACCGUAUUUUCCCCCGGUUGCACCCACGUUUCAAAUUUUCUCCGAUUUCGUAAAAUUCGAAAAUUGUUUUUGAACAUGUUAUAAUGACCGCCGUCUUGAAGACGAGGCUUUUUCCCCGAACUACUACGUCCGAUGCCCGUUUAAGAGGACGAAAAUGACUUGUUGCUGAUAAACGAUGACAAUAACGUUCUACGAAUCGCGUUGAACUUUCGAGUUUUCGUUCGAUUUCAAAUUAUGGUUUUAAAAAGUUGAUAAAAUAAUGUGUUAAACAUGAACCUUGUUUUUAAAUGGGACAGAAUAUCAAGCUCAAAAUUUUGUUGCUGGUUUUUUAAUUCUUUAAUCGAAAUGAAAAUGUUAGGAUGUGGUCGACACCUAAUAGUCAUAUGUUACAUAAUAUAAUACGUAGACAAAGUAAAAUCAUUGGCUUUUCGGCAAAAUGGAAUACGAUAAAAUAGGAUUCGGCCAAAUGCGAUUUUUUUAUCAAACCGUAUACAACUAGUUUUAUGUCGGCGAAAUGGCACUACACGUUUUACAAGGCAUGAGAUUUUUUCUCGUAACCCGUGCCAAACAACCCGUUGGCACCGGGUUCCUUAACCGUUGUUUCUCGUUUAAUUCUUUUUUUUUUCAAGGGCACCUUCCUUCCCGUGAUGACGACCAUAUCGACUAAAUAAAAAUUGUUUUUUUUUUCUUUUGUCAAUCGUAUUACCUAGGUAACCCAUAAAUUAAGAUACCCACAAACCCGUUCGUCCACUUCUGUGUAUUUUAUAUGUAAAUUUCCUGACAUCUGCGUGCGAUAAGGACAUGUAUCGUUCAUUCACCGCACGAACUAUAGUUAAUUUAUUUUAUUUACUCGUAUGGUUUUGAUCCUAGUAGUAACAGUAUUUAAUAUAACAGACCUAAACAUUACAUGUGAGAUAUGAAUGACCACAACUAUAAAAUCUAUAAAAUAUCUAUCAAUUAACUAUAUGUACAAACAAAAAUAAAAAUAAAAGAAAUAAAAAUAACAAAAUAACACUUCUUUUUUUAGUUCAGACAGUCACCAGACAGCGUCUCUUUCCAAUAAGUGUAACUUUUCCAUACCUCUAGUAAGGAAUGUACCAUACAUUCUUCAAUUAGGUGUCAACUAUAGUUCAUUGAGCGAUUAAUUUCUGAAUGAACGACAAUAUGAGAUGGAUUAUAGUCCAUUUCGAAUGAGCAACGAAUUUUAUACAAAAAGUCAAAUGUUUAAAUGAACAAAGAACGACUGGGCCACUGAGCGAGUAUUGUAGUGCUGCUGUGAAUGGUAUUAAUAACUUUGAUUUUCCUCCAAAACUUUCUUAGGGCUAAAUUCACGUUUAUAUUUACCCAAAAUGUAUUCAUGUGUAAACCAACAAUUACACACAAAUAUAAAACAGGUUCGAAAUUAAGUCGACACUGACUGGCUUAACUUUUUGGUGUAUCUACUGAUAAAUAGAUUUUAAAUCAAAUAUUCUGCCUUACCUAUAUAAUUAUUAAUUGAUUGUUGGAAUUAGUUGCAUAUUUUCGGGGAGGGUUCCUGGGUUCGACCCCCCCUCCUAGAAGAAAAUGUAUAGUUCAAAAAUUAUAAAUAAAAUAUGAAAUGUAUACUAUUUAUAGAUAUACUAAUUAUUAUUAGAAGGGUGGACAAAUUAUAUAAUAGAAGAAAAUGGUCUAAUCUUUGGUCUAAAAAUUUCGUUAUUUCGUGGUUUUUGGAUGAAAACGUGUUUUUGUAGGAAAGUGGCUACGGCGACUAGAUAUACCUAUAGUCUAUUAUUAUGUAUAACUGGCAGGGAUUACAGUUAUAAUCCUGAUUUGACUUCCAAAGGAGUGCUAUAUAUACUCUUGGUGAAGACUUUUUACCCAAUAAUCUUUGUUCCGUGUAGAUACCUAAAUUUGUAAUACUGUCGGAAAUUUCCAUAUUAUAUCAGAAUAAUAUUGCACAAUAUCGACACGAUAAAGAUACUUAUCAUGAACGCCCAAAGUUAAUUUUCAAUAGAGAGACAAACUGGAACCAGGUCUCUCACACAUCAGGAACACACGCAUUUAAAGACUAAUAUGUAGAUAUAAGAACACAAGACCUGUAAACAAUGUUUAUGACAGGUUCAUUACGAGACGGUGAAUCAUCUCUCUAGACUGUGCGUUACAGCUCAAUAACAAUUAUUUGUGAGUUAUAAUAGUUUUCAUGAAGGGGGGCAUGUCUUCCUUUUGUUAAGAGGGAAGUUAUACUAUUCUUACCCCCCCCCCCAAAGGACACCCGUGGUACUCGUGUAGUUCAAAAAUAAUUUAUUUUUAUGUGAAAGUGCGAGUAGUAAUAUAUAUAUAUUAUGUAUUAUAGUACAGUAUAUAUUAAAUGGCAUAACGUCUAUAUCGGCAACGAUAAAUUUUUAUCAAAAACUACAAAAAUUAAGAAGACGAAAAACGAGUGGGCUACAAUAUUACGCCACUUCGAAUUGUGAUGGCUAUACAGCACCCCCUCUCCCCACCCCACCUUAAUCCAUCCCUGAAGACUUGACAUAGAGUUACCGGACGUACCGCGUGCGCAUAUAAAACUUACAAAUAAAUGCACAUCAUUUUUACUAUAGUACGGCGAUUACCUCAUUUUAACUACCGGCAUACCGGCUCUACCGUUUGUUUUUUCGCUUUUGAUUUUUUCCCAAUGGUUUUUCGGGAUUACGCCGAAACCUAAUAAUCCUCGGCCCGUCGAUCACCGCGCGCAUUUCCGUCGAUCAAAACGCCACGGUUACUAUAUCAAUAUAAUGCUUUCUCCCGGGCACAUUAUUAUAUCAUUAUCCAAGCAAUCCUAUAUAAUAUAACCUGGAUGUCCAUAUAUGCUCACGCGACGGCCAUCCGGUGCUCCGCCCGUGUCGUGUCGUAUCCUCGGUCCAUCCUUGGCCCCGCUCGUCACAAAUAUCUAUAUUACACAUACAUACACGCCAUAUACGAUAUACAAAUACAAUACAUUGUAUAUCGAACCCGCCGAUUUAUGUAACAUACUUGCACAAAAAUAUGUGUACGGAUAAAAAAUACAGAAAAUACAAUAUUAUGUUCCAACAUACAGCUGACCAAACGGAAAACGAUUAUUAUAGAAUCUAAAAGCACCGAUGCAGGAAUAAUUAAGCAUCCUAAACCGAUAUAUUCCACCCGAAACGACAAAAGUACAAAAAAAAACCCCCCUCUACUCAUUGAAGAUCAUGGACUAAGAAUAUAAUAUAUGGACUAGACACACCUAGGUGGGCAGGUGAUGGAGACGUGGUCAGAAAUUAUUGUUUAAAGCACAUUUUGAAAAUAUGUCGGUGGCUAGCGGGUUUUACUGGGAACUAACGAAUAUUACAUUUUGUUGUGUGAUAAAUUAAUUAAUGAGUUAUGAGUAUGCUAGUAAAUAUACUAUUAUGUUACUAGAUUAUAGAACUUUACAAUUCCCUACUGUAUAUUUUAGUGAUAUUAUCAAGGGGACUGAUGUGAAUGAUACUUCACUCCCCAAGGAAGUCUAGAACCCAGACCUUUUUCUUAUUUAUUUUUUUGAAAAUGACUUGUUACAUAUACAUAUACUUAUGACAACCAAAGACAACAAUUUAAUCCUGCAGAGUUUUCAUAUUGAUUUUCAAUUUAUAACCACUCUAAAUGAUUUUUACUAAAAAAAACGUAAAAUACGUACCUCUUUGACGGAUUAACCAAACUAGACGCUAAAUUAUCAUAAUCGUUUCGAAAUAAAAUUAUUUGUUUUUCGACACAAGAGUUUUUUAUGUAUCUAAAUAUUUUACGAAAUAAUACGGUAGCAAUAUUAUCGGUAUCUAUAUAAUAUGUGUCACGAGAGUAUACCUAUAUAAUAUUAUCGGCCGUAUCAAUAUACCUACAAGUUAUAAAUAUAAGUCAUAAAUGGAUAUUAUAGUGUAUGCGAUCCGUCAUUAAGUUUGGUAUACUUAUCUGUACGUGUAUGUGUGCACCUAUAAGCCAAUAAUUAUCACAGUAUCUGUUUUUCUAAAUUUGAAAUCUCUACCGUUUGUUUUUUUGUGUUUUCAAUGAUACCACAACUGCGACUUACGUCUAUGUAUACCUAUAGCUCUACGUUCAAUACUAUAGUUUACAUUUUACUAUAUAUUAAUAAUUUCAACCUCUCCUGCCUCCAAAAAAAAUUAAAAUAUAUAUUUUAUAGGGACAAAACAAAUAUGUAUUCGACAUGUAUGUUUCCGUAAAAUGUAUUCGACUAAUAUAUAGCAGGGAGGUAUGUAUAAUAUUAAAGAGAGUGAUUUAUCGAGGUCGAUGCGCACAAUUGCACCAAAAAGGUUUUCGACGUUUUUGAACGAACAUGACGGACCACAAUUUGAAAAUAUUACAUGUUGAAAAUAUUUCUCGCGGAACCCGAUGAAAACUAUUAUACUCUACCGGGAGUUUGACUUAAUUUAAAGUAUUUCUUAAGUGAUUGAAAACAACGCUGGAUUGCGGUUUGUCACACACAUAGAUAAUAUUAUAUUAUAUACCUAUGGGUUAGACAUAUUGUAAGCAACUGAUUGAUAUCGUCAGAGAAGUCGUUCGCUUCGAAGUCACGUGAUAAAACUUACAACGCAUAAAUAUACCGACUACGAAUAGGUACAUACCUAUAUAAUAUAUGACGUAAAGAAAACGUGAAAUUGUUUUGAUGAAAAAAAAAAAAACACAAAUUAUUAAUAUUUAUUUAUCCCGGUCGAUAUCGUCGAAUAUAAUACGGCACAAUAAAAAUCGUGUAGAAAUGACGGAAUAGUAUUACCAUUUUUGGUUAGUAAACAGUUUAUAAUGUGAAAACGCCGAAACCGCAUCAGAGUACAUACAGGUACGUAUAUAGGUAUAUAAUAAUUCCUCAGGGUCGUGCCGAUACGUAAUGAAAAAAAAAAAAAACCGAUUCAACCGUACAAUAGUCAGUCGCGUAUGCAUAUUACGUGUAUUAUAUAUAUAUAUAUAUAUUUUUAUAACCUGAUGUAUUUAUCUAUCUAUAAGUAUGCCAUGUUAUAUUAGAGCGAAUAUGCCCUAAAAGUCUUUCAAUAUUUAUAUGUGAAUACAUUCACUAAAAAUAAAAUAAAAAUCAUGUUAAAAAUUUACGAAAUCCUUAAAAUAUGCUCUGAAAAAAAAAAAUCGAAAAACGCCAACUGCAUGUGCGAAGUACGAUUUUGUACAUGGGCAUGGCUAUCCGCUCUAUUUAGAAAUCUCGGAAAAUCAUUCUUGUGUUUCGCAAUUCGUUUAGUUGAAAAUGUCUUAAAAAUAUACUUAUAAACAAUUCCUUAAAGUACGCGAAAAAAAAUCGUGUAAACAGAACCGUUAUUUAUCACAAUAAAAUGUACGCGAUAUUAUCGAUACGGAUACAAGGUGAUUUAUUCCCAACACGAAGCGGUAUUGUAUUUUUGAUUUUUUUUUUUUUUGUCAUGGCGCCUGCAGCAACGAUUGGAAAUCACCUUCCAGCGAUCAUUUAGAACAAUUUUUCUGAAAACGUUAACGUAUACUUAAAUAAAUAUCGCAUUAUUCAACGAACGUAAUAGUUUAUUAUUUAUUUAUCGGAACGUAGAAACGUUUACAAUUAAUAAGGGCCGUAAGUAUGGUGCUAAAAUAUUAUUCCCCCGUCACUCCGUCGCGCGUACACAACCCCGUAAACAUCAAAUGCUGUGUAAUAAAUAAUUAACUGCAGUUUAUUCAACAUUCGGUAUAUGUAUAUUGUAUAUACACGACGAAUUUUUUUUACGGUGAAAAGUGAAGUUCAGACGGGCACGGGUUUACCAUUAAACUCGUAAAUAAACCGUGCGCAUUUUGGUAACGAGAAAAAAAAAGCAAUCGUAAAUACAAUAUGUAAUAUAAAGUCGAAAAGAAAAGAAAAAUAACUAAUUUAAAAUCGCUUUUGAUCUCUCAUCAGAUCCUUUAUAAAGAGGAAAAUAUCAAACUUUUUUCCAUCUCGUUUAAUCGUAUCGUUUAUUUAUUUUUGUUUUUACCUGCAGAACAAACAAGGAAAUCACGUAUCCGGUAACAGGAGAAUGUCAUCGCCGGGCAAAACUUCAAAGACGACCGGAAACAACGGCGCGUGGUUCAAGUCGUUGGACAGAUUCGGCAAGAAGAACAAGGUUGGUCCCCGAAAAACAUCCGUACACGUCGUAUACAUUGUACUAUAUACAGGGUGCCCACGCGAGACGCGUUUACAAUGAGAAACGUUUGUAAAAAAAAAAAAAAAAAUGUUUUCUUCAAUUUUUACCUCGAUGAGUAAUAAAACGGUCGCUUAUUUCGGUAGGCACGGGAAAUUAAGUAUAGCGCAUUUGUCGCUCUCGACACUAAUACAAUUUUAUUAUUGUAUGCCGCGGUAAAAUAUUAAUUUGGCGUUUUUUUUUUUUUUUUUUUUGUUUUUCAAUCAUUUUGCGCGGCAGCGAUCGAAGACGUUCACGUCGGGAAGCGAAAACGACGACGAGAUCAGAGUGCACAGGGUGAACGACCGGAACAACCCGACGAAAGGGUCGUCGACGACGGCCCGGUCGUACCACAGCGUGGGGAAUCUCAACUCGUUAGACAUGGACCAGUCGCCCAGACUGAUGGCCGACAAGAGACAUUCGCUGAUCGAAAGUUCGGCGGGCAGCACCACGGAGGGGGACAGCAGUCAAAAAUCUCACAAGUCGACCGUUUAUCUCCACGCUACCACGGGUACGAGUCGCGCACACGUUACAAUAAUACGUAUAAAAAAUGAAUUUUCAAAGUGUACUAAAACACAAUAUUAAGCGAGUGUAGCAUGUGCAAAGGUUAAAUGCCGGAACGUACUUAUAGAAAGCCGUUUUCGAAGGUACGACCGCGCAGAAAUCCAUCUGCGUACCAUAGGCGAAAUUAGGGGGGAAGGGGACGAUAGGUUCUAGGUGGGUAUUAACUACCACCACCGAAAAUAUCCAAAAAGCUUAUUUAUAUAGUAUAGUAUAGAAUCAAUAUUUUAUCCGUGUAUUCCAUAGGGGUCAUUUAAUAAGCAGAACAAAAUACAGAUUGCCUACAGACAACGCAUGUGUGUAUAAAAAAUAAAGUUAAAAAAGUUAUGAUACAUUUUUUAUAUUAACAAUUGCAAAUGAAACGUGUAGUUGCAAAUGGGAUUGUGGGGGCACUGCCCCAAUAAGCCCCAAUAAUUUUAGCAUCCUGAAAGUUGGUGGUCCAGUUGCGCCUAUAUGCAGUGCACACACGAUCCUAAAGAAGUAUGAACGCUGUAUUACCUAUAAAAUGUUCGCGUUAGUCGAUAUUAUUUUUUUCACGACACUUCGGCAACAAGGUCCGACACAAUCUGUAUAGUGCGAUAAAAUCUCGUAGCGAAUAAAUAAAUAGCGUUCACACGCGACUCGUUUACAAUACAAUUAAUACAAUUUAUCGUUACGUUACACAAAGAAAUAUUAUUUUUUCAAAACGUUUUAGGUAUACCAAACGAUGCUCAUCACCCUAGAACGACUAUAUUUUUUUUUCAAAUAAAACGCGAAAACAAUAUUUACCUACGUCGCAUAAAUUUCACCGCUCGUAACGUGUUUAUUUACCCCUUAAUUUACGAUUUCAACAUAAUGAACAGUUUUUAUUUGGAACAUAAAUACCGUAGUAUGGCUGUGUUAGUUUUAACGAGUCCUGCAGUUGUGACCGUGAUAUUGUUUUUAUAAAAUCCAUUUAUUUAUUAUUGGUGGUGACGACACGCGUACCAAUCGACUAAAAACAUACCCCUGGGCGGCUAUUCCCCGUUGAAUGCUUUUUAAACUGUACAUUGCAAACAACCGUAUAAAUAAAAAAAUAUACAGCCGACCAGCAGUACUUUACCACAAUGAUUAAAAGUAGGUAAAUAUUAAUCACUAAUAAAAUUACAAUCCAUGUAUCUUUUUUUUUUUUCAAUAUCUAUUUACUAAACAUAUUAUUUUAACAAAAUAUCGCUUAACGAUCGAUACGUGACAAUAUAAUAAUAUUGCCACAUUGGGUACAGACUGGCUAAAGACACGCAGUUAGAAUUAUAGAAUUCAUACGUACAAAUCCUUGUAACAGAUUACUACGGCGGUCUUAUACUAUAUGAACUACAACGCGGAAUAAAUAAAUGCACUAAUAGUAUAAUACUAUAAACUUCCUCGGCAUCUAAGUACGACACGAUAUCCUCAGCAAACACUAUUAUACAGAGUGAUUAUUUUAUAGUGAUCCAAUAUCAUUAUUAUUGAUAUGACCGAACGCUUCCCUAUAAACUAUUCCAGUUUAAAUUCUAAACAUGUUAUAACUCAUAAACACGCGGGUAAUUCAAUAUUAGUGUCGAUAAUGUACAAAAAACAGAAAAAAUAUUUUUCAGUAUAGGAGAGCUGCUAAUUGAAAAUUAAAAGUCAAUACGGUAUAACGAGUACAGAUUAGACGUAACAAUUUAAAAUAAAAUAUAAACAAUUACGUAAUGAUUAAAAACGAAAAUCAGAUUUACCUACUUAAAAUACUUCGAAAAAAACGCUGGGCCGUGACCAAAAAAUUACCCUGGCUAUAAUGUAUAUACACUCUGAAAAACCUGUAAAUAGCACCCUCCUUGUAUUUGAUUAGUACUAUAAUCGUAUGAUAUUUUAAUGUAACACAAUCAUAUAGCAUUAUAAUUUGGAGGGAAAAAAAUAUCAAAAAUUAUAAAGAAAAAAUACGUGUAACUACACACAAUGGUCAAUCUUUUGAAGUACACAAGCAUUUAAUAUUUUUUCAAUAGUAAGUAGAGAAUUGCGCGAACCUUAAAUUUUCCAAAAGGAAAAUUACAAAAACGAGUUAAUAUUUACAACGGAGGACCCAGAAGGGAUAGAUGCCACCCUUUUUCCCAGAUGAUACCUCACUUUGAGAUAAAAAAAACUAAUUAACGCAUGUGUUUUACCCGAUUUGUAAACCGUUGAGAAUAAUAAUAGGCUUUACGACAAAAAAAAAAUGUAUUUAAUUAAAUACGUAACUAUUUGUCAAAUUGUUAGACAAAUAAAUUAACAAUAUAAUUUAUAAUGUACUGUCAUAUAAAAUUCUACGAAAACAAAAUAAAAAUCGAUAGGCAUGUAGUUUAACCUACCCCUUCCCCCUCCCAUAAUUCAAACCUAGAUCUGCUUGCGGAUGAUUGACCACUCUAUAUUAUUAUACGUGAUAUUUUAUUUGUUUUUAUUUAAAUGUAAUUGUAAACUAUAUUAUGUUUUCAUGGACCGGGCUGGGCACUGCUGCAGUAGGAGAAAUCCCGGAAUCCCGUCAACUCCACCAGUCCGUGUUCGGGGCGAAGAGCAGACGGGCGGCCAGCAGGGAAGAGCUGUCGUCGCGAAAUGACGCGUUCGGUGGCACGCAGAAGCGCACGCUGUCCAGAUCCGUUUCGGUGCUGGCGCCGUGGGCGCCUAGACACGGCGAGGGACGGACCGUAGACUAUGACGAGCGUGGCAGGCCGCCCAGAGCUCCGCCGACGAGGGGAACGACAGGCAAACGACAAGGUGCCGUCAAAGCGACCAAGAACGACCAGGAACAGUCACCGGUGCCCGCGGCGGUGUCACGGAAAAACCGGGGUGUCGCGAGUUCGGGCGAGGAAUCGUCGUUGCUGGACGAAGUGAUCAUCCGGACGACUGGUCGUACGGGAAAGUUGAUCAAAGACGACCGAUCGACGUCCAGGCAAAUCGGCCGGUCCAUGUCGUCAGUCAACAACAGGGCAGGGGGCACGCUGACUCGGGUCAAGUCGAAAUCGUAGUGCCGGGGCGCGCCAGGACCGACACAAUGUUAUUAUCACACUGCAUUGCACAAGUUUUUCGCUGUACACACUAUAUAUACAGGCCGAGGCGGGGCGAUCAUCUCGUUAAAAAAAUAAUAAUAAUAAAAACCGGUCACCGCACGCCCGCCGAUCGCCGCCGUCGUUUAAAACGAGAAACAAAUCGUUAAAAAUUAAAAUAUAAUAAACGCCGUUAAUUAAUAUAAUUAACACGCUCGGCGGUGCGUCGCCGCCAGCGCCACUAAAAAUAUGUUUAAUACCCUUGUCGGCGUCGUCGCAACAAGUUUCAAACGCGCACCCGAUUAAUAUUUUUAUAUUAUUGUUAGGAUAUUAUAGUCUUUAAUAAUUCGUAGGUACGAUUUUUCUAACUCGUUACACCGACACAACCAAUGAAGUCGGAGAUUUUUUUGUUUUUACUAGUAAUUUUGCAAGCACAAGUUCAACGUGACCAUAAUAAUAGUAUCGUGUAUUAAAGCUUGUGGCAUAAUGUAAUACCGCGUCAUUAAAAAAUAAAUUGUCUUUUGUCUUUGUGGUCUAUACUUAAGAGUAAUAUAUUUCUACCGUUAAAGAGGAGCUUCAUGAAUAAUAUCUUUCAAACACACAAACAAUCUUUGCCAUAUAUAAUUUAUAGAGGUAUGUUUUAAUCGUCACUACAUACAUUUCCGACUUGCCUUAAACGAGUAUGAAUAUGAACAAACUAUAAUAGAUCAACAAUAUUAUUUAUGGUUAUUGAUAAAUUUAUGUGCCGAUAUACAUCAUCCGAUUGAUUUACUGUUAUCUAUAUUAUGUUAUUAUUCCUAGUCAAAUAACCCCUUAAAAAUUAAUACAAAAAUUAUAAUUAUUAAUUAUAUAUUAUAUAUUAUAUGUUAAUGAGUUGUAUUUACUAUUUUAUUUUUCAUGUAAAUAUUUUCAAUAAUCGCAUAGAUAUGUUGUACAUAUAAUAAAUAGGUACCAAUAGUAUAACCAAAUUAUUAUAGUCUCUUGGAGACAUAUGUUUUUGAAAAUCCUACAACUACAUAACGAAAAUGUAAUAAUAAUAAUAAUCAUAAUAAUAAUAGUAAUAAUACAUAACAUAUUACACUUAGAAUAAAUAUAUCGUACGAACACACUUUAAUUCUUUGAGAUUAAGUUAAAUUUUUUUUUGAUUAAAAGUCUUUUUUGAAGCUAUAUAUUAUUUUCAUUAUUAUUUGGCUUUUAUCAAUAUUUAUUACAACCUUAAUUCAUACCCUUCUUAUUAUGUACUGACUAAGACUACGGCACCACGACGAAGACCAAGCGGCGCAUGGACACCACCGCUAUCUUUCCAGAUGUGCGUCCAUCGUGUCUAUAACGCUCUGCUUUUGCAGGAGAGCAUUUUUCAGAGCAUUUAUCUCGUGUUCGUAAUUUGUUUUCAUUCUUUCUAACUCUGCAGACUGCUCAUAUAGACGGCCACUUAGACGGUUUACUUCCUGAUGUGCCCCUUGUUCUACGCACUGUACA